GCAGACAUGACGUCACCCUUGGCCCUCACCUGGACACUUGGCUUCCUGCUCACCUGCUCUGCUCUGAUCCAUGGUACAGGUGAGAGGAACAGUACUGCAGUGUUUGCAGUAUAAAUACUCUGCUGUGACUUAAAAGAGAGAGCUGAUCAGAGCAGGGAUACAGUCAGAUAAUCUGCAUGUAUGAUGUCUUAUUGGCUUAAAAAAAAAACACACCUGAGCAGGUGUUCAGAGCUUAGGUUAAUCUGAUGUGUGUUUUUCCUCCUCAGUGUUUCUGGAUCAGUCAUCUGCAGGUCAGGUUCUUCGCUCAGCCUCCAGGAGGCGUCGUGCUAACUCCUUCUUCCUGGAGGAGAUGUUACCUGGAGACCUGGAGAGGGAGUGUUACGAGGAGAGCUGCUCGCAGGAGGAGGCUGCUGAGAUCUUCCAGACCAGAGAGAAGACAGUAAGGUCCAAACUGAGGGUCAUGCUCCUAAAAAGGCUGCCCAAACCACAAAGCACAACAAAAUGUGGUGUUAGUUUAAUAUGCCCAAUAGGGGGCUCUAGAGUCUGCAAUUCAAACUGAAAGCCUACAGUGUAUGUUCAGGUCAAAGAUCAAAGCUUCUCACGUUAACUCUGAGUUUCUUGUGUCACAGAUGGAGUUCUGGUACAAAUACAUCAGUGAGUAUUUUCAACAUCAUGAAACAAACUGAAACUUUCAUCUGAAGCAGAUCUCAAAGAUCUAUUUAAUGCUUAACCACAGUUAAGCAUUAAAUGGUCAGAACACCUGAUGAUGUCACCUACCUAGAUCAGUAUGUGGUGUUAUGUUCAAGAGUCUGUGCUGUGUGGUAGAUCUGAACCCCUGUCAGACUAACCCCUGCCUGAAUGGAGCAAAGUGCACCAUGGACCGAGGAGACUUCCUGUGUCUCUGUCCACCACAGUACCAUGGCAAGAUCUGUGAUGCAGGUAACCACACCUGUCAGACAGAUAGAUAUGCCCUUUAACAACGCAAUGAAACACUUGUCAUCAAAGUUGAUAAAAGCUAAAACUCAAGUAACUAACAGCUGAGACUCUGGAGACAGCAUCUCUGGGUUGAUGUCAGUGCUGUGAGACAAAGCUUCUGUGAAGUGUCGUUGUCAUUUCAGUAGUACUCACAGUACUGUGAUUUUUUUUGUUUUGUUUGUUUAGUUGUGUUUGAGUGUCGCUAUAGAAAUGGUGCCUGUAUGCAGUACUGCAGAGACCUGCCGGGGAGUGCUGGAGUUCAGUGUGGCUGUGCUUUAGGGUUCAAACUGGAACCUGAUGGACGCAGCUGCUCCAAGACAGGUACUACAAACAAAAAUACUAAUACAGCAAAUACUGUGUUUACUCUGAAUACAUACCAUACCCCUUAUACUGCGAAUACUGCCAAUAGUUAUUAUACUGUUGUUAAUACUACACACAGUACUGCAUGUACAGUGUUACUAAGAGCUCUUGUUAUUCUGUGGCAUGUGGCGUGGCAUGUAGUUUUGUUCCCAUGUGGCCAGCAGCACAGCGAGCUGAUGGUGGGUGGUCGCUCUCUGUGGAGUCACUCUGAGACGGUUAAUGUUUCCAUGGAAAUGGACGCCAUGCUGGAGGAAAAUAGCACAAACAGUGGGGUCCCUAAAGUUAACCUCACAGAGACGAAGGAGCUUCUGACAGUGAACGCAUCAUCUGCACUAAGAGGAGGGAAUAAGGGAGUGAAUAUGACAGAGCUGUGGGAGGAUGAGAGGGAAGGAGAGGAAGGGGUGAUGACUCGCAUUGUGGGUGGAGUCUUGGAGAGACCAGGAGGGAGUCCAUGGCAGGUACGGAGACAGCCUCAACUACAGAGCUUAUUUUUACUACAGCUGUUGCAAUAACUGUUUGACUAAGUAAACUAAGUGUGUGUGUGUGUGUGUGUGUGUGUGUGUGUGUGUGUGUGUGUGUGUGUGUGUGUGUGUGUGUGUGUGUGUGCAUGCAUAUGUUCAGGUCCUGCUUCAUAGGGCUGAUGGAUAUGGUUUCUGUGGAGGGACGCUAGUUUCUGACCACUGGGUGAUCUCUGCUGCUCACUGCAUGGAACAGCCUGUAGACCAUGUUACAAUAGGUCAGUGCUUUUCAAAGGUUGGGGGGUGUGCCCCGCAGGUGGGGGAUGAAGACAUGACAGAUGGGGUGCAAAAAACAGGAAAAAAUUGCCUAUCCUCUUAAUAUCUUUCUUUAUUGAGAAUAAAGAUAAUGAAUGCACCUGAAAUUUUUGGCUGAAAAUGGCCCGAAAGUGCAUUUUCAAUUUUCGUCCGGAACACUUUUCCCAAAACAACAUGGCUGAAACAGAUGUGAUGAUGCAAUCAAAACCCACAGCCAGCAACAUGUCUGUGGAGUGGAAGUAUUUCAAUAUAUAUCUGAGAACCACUAAUGGUAGUUAGCAAAGUGUUUGAUGCUAAAAGGGAAAGAGUUUCUGCAAAGGGUUUCUUCUUGUCAGGUUCAAUUUAUCACCUGAACUCCAAACAUCCAGAUCACCAUUCUGAAUAUGAGAGGAACAUGACACAGAACAGGAAAAUCCCUCCGCUCUACCGCUUACACCACUUCUUCUUUUAGAACUUUUGAGUUGUUUUUGCCCUGGUGAGCGCCAUCUAAAGGUGUAAACCACUCAGAACAAGCAGCGACACACUGACUCAGAAAUUCUAAACUCACAUUUCAAUUGCAUAAAUUAAUAUUGAUUUAAUAAUAAUUUAUGCAAUUGAAUGAAUCAAUUUUAAUUUAAUAUUAAUUCAUGCAAUUGCUAUACCUUGAUUUUAGUGAGUUUAGUACCCAGUCGUAGUCAUAAAUGCAAUGGUGCUAAUAACUGGCAUAAUAAGUUCUUAAGGUGUUUCAAUUUUCGGCCUUGGUUUGCCUCAUUUUUGCCCAGAAUUUUUAUUUUAACCCUAAUAAAAAUUAUCCACCCACACACAAAUUAAUAAUAAAUAGCCUACAUGUAGUGGAAAUUAAAAGAACAUUUAAUUAUUAGCAUAAGACAGGCGACAGGAGAAAAAUGUAAUGUGGACUCAAAGUGCAAAAAUAAUGAUUGACCUGCACUGAUUUAUUAUGAAACAUGAUGUUACUUUCUCCUUGUUAGUUUAAUAAAUUUGACAAUGUGUAAUUUGUCAGGAUUUUUGUCUAUAAUGGUCCAAGUCUACAUCAGUAUUUAACAGCCUGACCCAGUAACAGUCUGAGUAAAUAACAGUCUAAAACAGUCUGAAUCUAGAACAGUCUAGGCCUAUGACAGGGUAUGACAGUCCGAGUUUAUAACACUCUGAGUCUAGAGCAUUCUAGCCUAUAACAGUGUAUAACAGUCUGAGUCUAUAACAGUCUGACCAUGUAACAGUGUUAGUCUGGAACAGUCAAUAACAAUCUGAGCCAAGAGCAUUAUGAGUCUUCAACAGUCUUAUUCUGUCAGUCUGAGUCAAGCACGGUCUGAUUCAACAAAAGUCUGAAUCAACAACAGUCUAUAACAGUCUGAGUCUUUAACAUUCCAUAACAGUCUAAGUCAGACAUGGGAAAACUACGGCCCGCGGGCCACAUUAGGCCCGCCGAACUUGUCCAAAUUAUAGUAAAAACCUCCUUCAUUUUCCCCUUUCCCUGCAAUGCCCACGUUUCCCCAAUAGAUGACGCACUCAAAACACAUUGACCGUUGUUGGAGUGGCGUGUAUUUCUCUUUAUUUCACUUUAAUUUUCACUUCGUUUCACGUCGCCAUUUGAGCCCUUCUGUGAAAAUGAGCGGACCAAAGAGAAGGAAAGUGGACAGCGAAUGCCGAGUGUUUAAUAAGGAGUGGACAACAAAAUACUUUUUCACUGAAGUCCGAUCAACGGCUGUAUGUCUGAUAUGCCAAGAAGCUGGCGUGGUUUUCAGAGUACAAUAUCAGCCGUCACUUUGCCACGAAGCAUGCAAACUAUGCUAGCAAGCAGUCAACACAAAAACGGGCGGCUACUGCUCAGAGGUUGGCAGCUAAUUUACAGAGUCAACAGAACUUUUUUCACCGACAAACUGCAAUUCAAGAGUCAUAGCUGGGCAGAUAACUGUAAUAAUCGUUCACUUGCGGAUAAAAGCACCAAAAUUGGCACACAUACUCCUUAGAAGUUGCUCUUUUGAUAUUUCCGUCUGGCCAAAUGAAAAUUCAAGAUGGCAGCCAUUUUUCAAGAUGGCCACCAUUGAAAAUACAGUAAUAUUGCAUUUUGCAAUAAAAUCCCAUAGACUUGUCCUAUUUGGAUGAUCUUGGUGUCAAAUCAUAGAUUUUCCACUAUGCAGAAUCCAAGUUUGGACCCAUGGACUUACUUACUGGCUUCCUUGUACCAUAUUUCAGUCCUGGAAUCCUAAUAUUCUGAUCCUAAUUAGGUCUACAUCAUGUGAGACUCGAGUAAAAUGGUUGGUAGCCUAUAUCUUAGUGUUGUUAGAGGUCUAGUAUGUGUGUGUGUGUGUGUGGGGUGGGGGUCGGGGUGGGGGGGUUUGCAAGGAGGGCAAGGGCGUGGGCAAGGGUGUGUCCUCACUGCACACAUCAGUCCCAGAAUCCUAAUAUUCUGAUAAAUUAGAAUUUUACCUAAAAUGGAUGGUAGCACCAUGGGAUCACAUUUUGUCUGGUCUCUAUCCUUCGAGCUGUUUGGCGUGGGUGACCCUGCCAGGAGUACAAUACUCCAGCCGGCAUAGCUCUAGGGGUCAUGGAGACACACAAACUGCCCCACCACGAUAAGGUGGUGAUCCCACCGAGGCAGGUUGUUUUUUUUCUUUUUACAUGUAGGCUGUUUGGAUGAGUAGGCUUUUACUACAGUGUUUCUAAACCUCACACCCGCAGCUGCACAGUGCUGUGCAGGUCAGACCAAAGCAGUAGUAUUUGCAUCGACCGCAGCAUUCCAACUUGCAUCCACACUUGGCCAGCUGCUGGCAACUCUCUGCAAUGGGUGGGAGCUCUGUCCAAACAAUCUGCCACAGAUCUCCUUUCUUGUUCCAGCCCCAGUUGGCAGGACUAUGUGUUUCUGGUUGACAUACUAUUGACUGACUCCAGAUGCAGCCUGCUUGGUAGGAUGCACGCGUGACAUAUUGCUUAAGUGCUGAUCGAGUUUGAGGAGUGGCUUCGUAUGGCCUCUGCUUCCGAGCAAACAUGUCCAACCUUGCAUCGUUGACACCUUCAGCUGUGCUGGAUCUGUCAUACAACAUGACCACAAACUUCUCUAGGGUUUUCAGGUCUUCAUCAUCCAAUACAGGUGGGUAAUGGCUGAGUUUGCUGAAGACACUGGAAGCCUCAUCACAAACAUUCCAGUUUGCCAAGCAGACUUCUUCCCUUUGCCACGGAAUGCUGAAACAACAUCGCAACCAGUGAAUGCAUGGAAGAAGAGCAUCCCUUUGCUCUUUUCUGCAAGAGUGCCACACAGGUCAUGAACAGGAAUCCACUUCAGGUUCUGUCUUUGGCCAAAGGCAACGCACAACUGCUGCAGACUGAGGUUCUGAAGUGCCUGCAGAACACUCACUGCGAUGACAACAACAUCUGUGUCGUUGGCUUUGACCAUGAUGACCUUGCUGCCUGCUUCUGUGGCAUGCCUGGCAUGCACAAAGAUCUGGGUGUCAGCUUCUUCAUGACUGCAUGGUGCCACCCCAGCCAGAUUAAUAGUAAUGUUGUAAGAAAGUGUAUGUGCGAGUGAGAAGUGUUGCCUAAUAAUUAAGUGAGAUGUAAUGCAGGCAGGUCAAGCAUUUUUCUUUUUUGUUUUUUUUUUUACACUCAGACACAUUUUUUUCAGUCUCUCUCUCUCUCUCUCUCUCUCUCUCUCUCUCUCUCUCACACACACACACACACACACACACACACACACACACACACACACACACACACACACACACACACACACACACACACACACACACACACACACACACACACUAAACCUCUAACAACACUAAGAUAUAUGUUACCAACCAUUUUACCCAAGUCGGACAUAAUGUAAACCUCAUAAAUACCAGAAUAUUAGGAUUAUGGGACUGAAAUAUGGUACAAGGAAGCCAGUAAGUAAGUCAAUGGGUCCAAAUUUGGAUUCUGCAUAAUGGAAAAUGUAUGAUUUGACACCAAGAUCAUCCAAAUAGGACAAGUCUAUGGGAUUUUAUUGCAAAAUGCAAUAUUACUGUAUUUUCAAUGGUGGUCAUCUUGAAAAAUGGCUGCCAUCUAGAAUUUUCAUUUGGCCAGACGGAAAUAUCAAAGAGACAGCAGGUCUCUUGUGUCCGGAGAGCAAAGCCAAGUUUGAAAAAAUCAGUUUAGCAUGCAGGACAGUGACUCGCCGAGUGGAACUGAUUGACGAAGAUAUAGUCAGCGAGUUAAACAAAAAGGCGGAGUCCUUUAAGUUAUAUUCACUAGCACUGGAUGAAAGUAACGACAUAAAAGACACUGCUCAGCUCCUAAUUUUUAUCCGAGGGAUUAACGACAGUUUUGAGAUAACGGAGCUUUUAAGGAAGGAAUCACUGAAAGGGAAAACACGAGGCGAGGACUUAUAUGAACAGGUGUCUGCUAUCAUCGAGAGAAUGAAGCUACCUUGGAGUAAACUUGCCAAUGUCACCACGGAUGGAUCGCCAAAUUUAACUGUAAAAAACGUCGGGCUGCUGAAAAGAAUCCAGGAUAAAGUGAAAGAAGAAAACCCAGACCAGGAUGUUAUUUUUCUUCACUGCAUCAUUCAUCAGGAGUCUCUGUGUAAGUCUGUAUUGCAGCUUAAUCAUGUCGUGUUGUAAAACUUGUUAACUUCAUACGAGCUUCAUUACGUUCUUGGAAGAAACUGAUGCGGAUCACCAUGACCUACUUUACCACUCUCACGUCCGCUGGUUAAGUUUUGGGAAAGUGUUUCAACGAGUCUGGGAGCUCAAAGAGGAGAUUCGCUCAUUUUUGGAGUUAAUGGGGAAAUCCGACGAAUUCCCUGAGCUGAGCGACACAAACUGGCUUUUUGACUUUGCGUUUGCUGUGGACGUAUUUUCACACAUGAAUGAGCUGAACGUGAAGCUACAGGGGAAAGAUCAGUUUGUGCAUGACAUGUACACAAAUGUGAGAGCCUUCAGAUCCAAGCUGGUUUUAUUCUCCAGGCAAAUGUCAAACAAAUCUUUCGCACAUUUUCCCACACUAGCCGUGCAGAAAGAGGCCGCCCGAAAUGCGAAGAAAUACUGCAAAUCACUGGAUGACCUGCACAGAGAAUUUUGCCGUCGGUUCUGCGAUUUUGCAAAAAUUGACAAGUCACUUCCACUGGUGUCCUGUCCCCUGUCACAAGACCCCGAAUCAGCACCGCAGGACCUGCAAUUGGAACUGAUCGAUCUUCAGUCUGACUCCGUCUCAAAGGAGAAGUUCAAGUCUCUUAAACUGAAUGACUUUUACGCUUCACUUAACGAGACCACAUUUCCAAACCUCCGGAGGACGGCACAGAAGAUGCUGGUGUUGAUUGGCUCGACCUACGUGUGUGAGCAGACGUUUAGCGUCAUGAAAAUCAACAAAGCCCAUCAUAGAUCCAAAUUAACUGACCAACACCUCAGAUCUGUCCUGAGAAUUGCCACAACAAAACUAACUCCAGACUUUGAUGCACUGGCAAAAAAGGGAGACCAACAACACUGUUCCCACUGAAAUUGGUGAGUUUUUCUGCUGUGUUAUGAAAAAAUGCAUAUGGAAAGUUUGGAAGUGCAUCUUUUAAUUAAGAGCAAUGCGCAUUUACGCACAGCAGCGGUACAGUAGCUUAAUUAACACGCCGCACAUCGCUCUUAAUUUCAAUUUCAAUUUUCAGCUGCAGGUAGGAUAUUUAAUACAGCCAACGUCUGUGUGCUUGGCAACGAUACACGUGUACUGUUUGCGCGUGAAGGUGAGGGCGUCCGUGGCGAGUUUGUAGAGCGCACGGUCAGGACAAUCCAUCCAUGAUUUUGCGGGGUUUAACACAAGUAGAUAUUAUUGAGCUUGAGUAUUUCGUUGUGUAAUAAUAUGUUUUGAAUGUUGAAAGUGAUUCCAUUUUUCAAUAAAUGUUGAUUUCUUUAACUUUGCACCUUCGACUGAAACUUAUUAAAAACAGAUGCAAUCUUGAUAAAUCACAGUGCAUAUGCUAUUUUAAUGUAUUUACAUUUCCUCCUCCCAGUAUCGUGCAAAAUAGUAUGUAAACGCCAUAUCUUGCAUAUUCCUUGAGACAAACUUAUUAACUGAUAAGGGCUAUUUUUCACAUUUGAAAGACAGUUAAUAAAUUGGGCUGUAGUGUUCUUACUGUGCUAUGAGGUUUGCACACACUACAUGUAAUGCUUUAGUAUAUCCGGCCCAAACACUCCAUCCAAAUGCUCCUGGCCCGGCCCCUCUGUCAAAUUUUAGAACCCCUUGUGGCCCGCGAGUCAAAAAGUUUGCCCAUCCCUGGUCUAAGUCUAUAUCAGUCUCAAAUAGUCUAAGUCUAUAACUGUCUAUAGAAGUCGAAGUAUGUAAUAUUCUAAGUCGGUAACAGUUUGAGUCUAUAACAGUCUUAGUCUAUAAAAGUCAAUAACAAUCUGUGUCUAUAUCAGUCUAAGUCUAUAACUGUCUGAGUUAAGGACAGUCUGAGUCUACAUCAUUCGAUAACAAUCAGAGUCUAACAGUCUAUCUCAGUCUAAGUCUGUAUCAGUCAAAAGUCAAUAUGUGAGGUACUGUAGCUGGAUGAACACUGGUGAUUUGGAGAGAAAUGGAGAAUGAUUUAUUUGACAGGUUUCGUUGGUAGAUCAGUGUGAGAGCAACACUGGCAAUAAUAAAAGAGGCAUAAAGUGAUGACGUUCAGUGCAAAGCAGGUUUGUUUUUCUUGAGCUAGGAGUAACUCAAUAUCGCACCAAUAAAAUCCACUCAAUGUUUAAAACCCUAAAAACACUUUAAAUUGCCCUUGUUAAAAGUGGGUUAAAAGAGAGGAAUUAAACGACAGCUUAAAAAAAAGAGAAGUCCAGCACCUAAAACCAUGUGUUCUUAAAAAGUCACUUUAAAAGGAGCAGCCGUUUGUCCCGGUCGUCGAUCGCCGUCUUCCUCAAAGAGUCUCCUCCACUGCACUCCUGCGUUCCAGCGAACUGCUAAAACAAGAAAAAAACUUCUGCCAGUAUAGGCUAUAACCCACACAACAAUCCACCAGUAUACGUCCAACCCAGAGUGUUAUUGUCCCGUAGGGAUACUCACAACGCUGGCAAAGCUUCCCCACUCUGCCGCUGCGUGUGUUCCGCGUUGUAACAAUCCUUCACUGGUGAAAGCUAGCUCUCGGUUGCGGCAACUCUUCUGCAAGUUCUGCGUAUCUGUCCGCAUCGAUUCGCUCUCCUACUGCCUAGUGGUGUGUCGGUCUUGAACGAACGGAUCAACAGAACUAGUUCUUUUUGGUGAACGAAAUGAACUAGUUCUCCCCCCCUAAAUGACCCGUUCAGUCCGUUCAGUUCUUUUGAUUGGCUGAAGAGGGACUAUCUCCGUGCUUGCCUGUCUUAUCCUAUCGUUGCGCCUCGUUCUGUGUGUGGGUGGGGCUUAGAGAAGCAGCAGCAGUACUACUGAGCUGACUGAAAGAACGGGUUAAAUGAACGAAAGACCGAGUUGACUGAAAGACCGAGUGAACGAAAGAUCCAGACGGUGAACGAGUUGACUGAAAGACCGAGUGAACGAAAGAUCCAGACGGAUAACGAGUUGACCGAAAGACCGAGUUGACUGGCCGCCACACGAGCCGACAGCCGAGCCCAAGCGAGCGGGACAGUCACACACACACAAAGGCACACAGCUGCUGCUGCAGCCAGAGGCAGAGAGACAACUAUUAAUACGCAUUUGCACUGUCUGUUGACAUUUUGUACUUUUUAUUAUUGUUUUUAAUGCACCUCAAAAUAAUAAAAACCAUUAAAAACCUUAUAUAUUUUGGUAUUCCUACUAUAAUUUUAUAUUACAAGUAGUGCAGCGCGAUCGCAGCGUUGGACCGGGGGUGGGAAGUGGGGAGUGCAGCGGUCACAGCGUCGGACCGCGGGGGGGUCGUAACGUUGGACCGGAGAGCUGAGAUGCUCGCAACGUCGGAUCCGGAGGGGUGUAAUGCUUCAGAUUUCAAGAUCACAUGUUGUUGCGCUGUUGAGUCUGAAGUGCAGUCAGUCCGUUCGCUCAUCACGUUCGUUCAGCGUCUGAACGAGUGGACUGACUAACGACCGAUUGACCGAAAUGACCGAAAUGAACGAAAUGAACGGGUCUUUUUACUGAACGACCCGGAAUGAUCCGGUUCACUGAAAUGAACCACUACUUGCCCACCACUACUACUGCCUCCGUGGCCCGAGGCUGUGGCUGUGUCCCAUUUCAGAGACCGCAGCGUCGAACGGCGCAUUUGAAGCGUGCAUGAUGUCAUCACGCAAAGCGAACGGUGUCCCAUUUGGCACGAAAUGCUAAGAAAUGCUAAGCGCGCUUAGCAUUUAUCGAGCGUGCAUUUAUGCACGCUUUCGUGCCGUUGGUAUCCCAGAAUUCUUUGCGUGCUGCUGCACAGCUGCGCAUUUCAGGUGAGAGGCUGGACUUGCUUGGAGACGCAGCGCAUCUUCAAAGAAAAUGCAAGAAAUCCAAAAACAGCAGACAGUCAGCUCAGGCUGUAUGAGCGCAUGAUCUCUGAACUCACUAAAAUCUGCAAACCAAACAUUAUAGAUUUAGAGACGAACUGAUCCGCUCUGCUACAACUAUCAAAAACAUUAGAAAUAAGAAAGCUGACAAAACUACAGCAGAGUAUCAUUGACACAUUGAGUUUUUUUUUUUAAGAUUUAGAGAUUAAAGUUGUAAAUUUAGGAGAUUAAAGUCAUAGAGUAAAUAAAGUCAUAAAGCUGCUUUUGUGGAGGGGGAAAUGACUGAAGCUGGUCAUCUGCAGGGUUAUUGGUGGAUGAAUCAGCAGGUCAUUCAGAGAGUUUUUGUGGUUUCUGAAGAAACAAUCCAACUGAUGAUCAACAUUUGUGAUCCAGAGGUAGUCAACAUCCGACGAGCACCACGUCUCUGACACCGGCGGUAACCUACACCUGCAGAGACACCAACACCUUAUUAUGGCUUAUGGAUUCAUAUCAUAAACUAAAGCUCAGUGUCAUUCACGGAUAUUUACGGCUGCAUAAACGGAUAUAUCCUCAGCAUAUUCAUUUCUGCCUCCACAAAAGCAGCGAUUUCCUUCAAGUACACCAGUUUUUUUCCCCGUGGAAAAGAUGUAUUUCUCAUAUAUUCUAAGUCCUUAUACUUAUGACAAUGUAAUGCUGAUGUGCCAAAGGAUGAAGUAUCUCCUUGUUUGUGAAACCUAUAAUGAAGCACAGUUACUUUAAAUGCUUCAUGGCCCUAAUUUUAACAAGUCUCCUCUGAAAUAACAGGGAACCUUAUGACUUUAUUCUCAUAAAUUAAUGACUUUAUUCUUGUAAAUUCACGACUUAAAUCUCAAAGUCUUUAAAAAAAAUUCUCAAUAUGGCCCUCAUACUCCUUCAUACAAAACAAUCAUUGGAUGAAUUUUGUGGGAAUGAUCUUUGCUUGUAUGUAUCUACUAUUUUGUGUCUGUGCGAGGUCGCACAAUUAAAACAAUAAAUGCUGCGCUCCGCUGCUUUUUUUCUAGUCAGUCGUGACGUAAGCCUGAGGGCGGGGACAUUUGGUGACAUUUGGACUUCCUGGUUGAGUCGCCAAAUGUCCCCGCCCUCAGGCUCGCGUCACGACUGACUUAAAGAAAACCCACGGAGCGCAGCAUUUAUUUUUUAACUGUGCGACCUUGCACAGACACAAAAUAGUAGAUACAUACAAGCACAAUUCAUCCACCUCACGCACGCUUCAAAUGCACUGUUCGACGGUUGCAGUCUCUGAAAUGGGACACAGGAAGGGUACAUAACGGCACAUAACGGCACAUAACGGCAGUGCGUCUCAUUUCAGAGACCGCAUUGGAAUGAGCCCGCUUAAGCGCACUUAGCUGAGCACACUGCCGUUAUGGACCCUUCCUGUGUCCCAUUUCAGAGACUGCACCGUCGAACGGCGCAUUUGAAGCGUGCGUGAGGUCAUCACAUGGCACGAACGGUGUCCUGUUUGGCACAAAAUGCUAAGCGCGCUUCAAAUUCGGUCUCAAAACCACACUGCUCCUGCCCCUUUUUCAACUGGCAUUUAUGCACGCUUUCGUGGCCCUGGUAUCCCAGAAUUCUUUGUGUGCCGCUGCACAGCUGCGCAUUUCAGGUGAGAGGCUGGACUCACUUGGAGAUGCAGCGCGUCUUCGAAGAAAAUACAAGAAAUCCAAAAACAGCAGACAGUCAGCUCAGGCUGCGUGAGCGCAUGAUCUCUGAACUCACUAAAAUCUGCAAACCAAACAUUAUACUCUUUAGAGACGAACCGAUCCGCUCUGCUACCGCAACCAGAAACAUUAGAAAUAAGAACGCUGACAAAACUACAGCAGAGUAUCAUUGACACAUUGAGUUGUUGUUGUUUUUUUUUGUAAAGACUUAGAGAUUAAAGUUGUAAACUUAGGAGAAUAAAGUCAUAGAGUAAAUAAAGUCAUAAAGCUGCUUUUGUGGAGGGGGGAAAUGGGUGAAGCUGGUCGUCUGCAGGGUUAUCGGUGGAUGUAUCAGCAGGUCAUUCAGAGAGUUUUUCAGCCUGAUGCGGUCUCUAAAAUAAAACACAGCCCUAGUCUAUGUCCAAAAUGGCAUACUGCCUACUGUCUACUUACCUACUCAAUCAGUACAUACUGCAUACUGAAUACUCAAAGAUGAUUUGAGUAUGCCGCAACUGCUCGAGUGUUUACAUACAGAUGCAUACUAAAUACCCCAGAAUGCAUUUCGUGCCGGCCGGCGCUGGGAAAAUGUAAAUAGUCCUACUGCAAGCUACACAAAACGACUGCAUUCCGGACAAAAAAUAUAUAUAUUCAUUCAGUUAUAAUAUUUUUCCUAGCGAGAAAGUAAGUGUUUACAUCACGGUUAUGAGCCCAGUUGUUUGAAAUAGCGUCUGUUUGUAGAUUUGUCCGGAGCGCGCUCCGGCUUGCUCCGGCACAAAUUAAGCACUGAUUAUUAUUGCAAUCCCAUGCCAUCUAUUUCUUUUUAGCCUCGGGAAAGAGGGCCACAUUGCCAGCUGAAGUGCGCAAUGCACUGUGGGGCAGAAGCAGUACGUGAAGCAAGCUCCGCUCCAUACUCAGAAAUCGUAGCCGAUUGAGUAUACAUCCGGGCAUUUCUCGCAUACACAAAAUUCGCAUACUGUACAGUGUGAACGCACUGCCUACUCAAUUCAGAGGCGGGGUUAGUAGGAGUAGUAGGAGUAGUAUGCCAUUUCGGACACAGCCCUAGUGUCUCCUCUCCUGUCGCCGCUCCCUCUUUGGCUGUGUCCGAAAUGGCAUACUACUCCUACUACUCCUACUAACCCCGCCUCUGAAUUGAGUAGGCAGUGCGUUCACACUGUACAGUAUGCAAAUUUUGUGUAUGCGAGAAAUGCCCGGAUGUAUACUCAAUCGGCUUCGAUUUCUGAGUGUGGAACGGAGCUUGCUUCACGUACUGCUUCUGCCCCACAAUGCAUUGCGCACCUCAGCUGGUAAUAUGGCCCUCUUUCCCGAGGCUGCAAAGAAAUCGAUGGCAUGUGAUUGCAAUAAUGAUUAUAUAUAUAUAUAAACAAUAUUUAGUUAGUAUACAUUACACAAUUUUUAUCAUUUUAUCAUAUUUUGAUCUUUUUACCAGAUUUAUUUGUAUUUCAAAUUAGGAUUAUAGGUAAUGUUUUUAACUAUUCGUAUGAAUUGACUUUAUUUAUUUAAGUGUCUAUUAAAGAUGUAUUUAUUACAUCAAGUUUGAGCAUCUUCUCAUCUCUGAAUGCAUCAUCAAAGUGGUCGCUCAUAUUAAGCACAGACCUCUGAUUAAUAAAAAUUAUUAUUGGUAGAGAGCACAUGGUUCAGAAUAUACAAACGGGGGAGUUUCCAGUUGACAAUGUAUGUGAGCUUUACUAAUUCUUACUUGUGGUUGAAAAUCUGAUGGUUUCUGAAAUUAUCAUUGUACAUGAAAAGAAUGUAGUCGGGAAAUGAUGUAUUUGCCAAGGAAUAACCGAACAAGGUCAUAAUAAUUAUGUUGUGUGUUGGUCAUUUUGCAGCCCUCUGCUGCUCAUCACACGCCUAGCAGGUGGUGUAUAGCAUUAUCACCAUGGAUACACAGAUGUUUGUGUGAUUUUUUCAUCCACUGCCGCCCGGUUUGUGUCGUGUAGAUGUUGAUUAUGAAAACAGUCGCAAUAAUUUGGAAACGUGAAGGGGGAGCUGCUGCUGCCCGGUGUUUACGGUAAAUAGACGCAAACACCCACCAAGCGGACGCUUCGGUCUCCGAAAACGCCGAGACAAAUUUACAAACAGCCACUAUUUCAAACAACUGGGCUCAUAAUCGUUAUGUAAACACUUACUUUCUCGCUAGAAAAAAAUAUUAUUAUUGAAUGAAUUUAUAUAAUUUGUCCGGAAUGCAGUCGUUCUGUGUAGCUUGUGGUAGGACUAUUUAAAUUUUCCCGGCACUGUGUCAGGCCGGCACGAAAUGCAUUCUGGGGUAUUUAGUAUGCAUCUGUAUGUAAACGCUCGGGCAGCCGCGGCAUACUCAAAUCAUCUUUGAGUAGUCAGUAUGCAGUAGGUACUGCUUGAGUAGGUAAGUAGAUAGUAGGCAGUAUGCCAUUUCGGACACAGCCUUUGAUCUUCAGCAGUCUGCUUUUCUUCCUGCUUUCUCUGAUUUGGACCCUCCCUUCAGCCAUGGAUUGGAUGAGCGGAGACUCUUAGUAUCCUGAUUGGUCCAUCCUAUUGUCUAUCAAAUCCAACAACUACACCGGUGCAGGUGAUCAGCAAUUAUGUCUCUCAAGACAGGGGUGAGAUCAUAAUAAAAACAUGCAUAAAAACACAAGCAUAAAUAAAAACACAUCACAAAUAAAACCCAAAAUUUAAAAACAUGCCAAAAGUCUGCAAAGAUCAGGAUAAUACUAACCCUCUGCCUUGUGACAUAUACAUACAAUAAAAUAUUUUUAUUUAAUUUUUCAAAUGCAAAAACAAACACAUCCACCAAUAUCCACAUGAGGGCACAACAUACAAACUUCAUACAUACAAAAGCUCCAAUGAUAAAAAGUGUUUUUUUACAUAGAUUCAGAGGAAUGUCCUAUUUAAGUUCCAGCAUCUCUGGUAGGGAAUUCUGUGGUGAAAUAAUCAAAAAAUGGCUGCCAGACCAAAUAGAAUCUUCUGACGGAUCGUCUGGUUCAGUGCUUUAACUUCUCAAGCUUCAAAUGUGCCAUCACAUCGCCUGUGUGUAGGGGGACUGGCUGACUUCCAUUCAAAUAAAAUAAUGUGUCGAGCCAGUAAAGAGGAAAAAUCCAUAACGUCUGAUUGGGCCUUAGACACCCUUAUCUGAUCACUAAAAAUUGCUGUUUCUUGGUCAGGGCUGAUCUCCCUGCCACAGAUAUAAGAGAAUGUCUCAAACAUAGAGGACCAAAAUGUUAUUAAUUUUGGACAUGACCAAAACAUAUGACCAAGAGUGGCAGGGGCUUUGUGACAUUGAGAAUAAGUUGGGUCAACAUCUGGAUAUAUCCCGGCAAGCCUACUCCUAGAAAGGUGAAGCCUAUGGAAUACUUUAAAUUGGAGCAAACCAUGUCUAAUACAGACAGAUGUUGAGUGUAUUUUUUCUACAGCAAAUUUCUAGGAGUUAUCUGAGAUGAUCCCAUGCAAUCUUAACAUGACUAAGUGAAGGGGGGUUAAUCUCUUGAAUAUCACUAUACAAUCUACCCACAGACCCCCUAUGCAUAAGAUCCCGUUCCAGCCAUUCAUCUAUCCAACCAUCUAACGAGAGUGAAGGAAAAGGGGAGAAGUGUUUCUUAACAAAGGCAUGCACUUGCAAAUAUCUGAAAAAUUGUGAGCAGGGGAUAUUGUAUCCAUUCACUAAUUGGUCAAAAGACAUGAACACACCCGCCCCAGACCAUUUCUAUACCACACCUGAAAAGCAGCGUCCAUAAUAGAGGGUCGGAAGAGUGCAUUAGCUGUGAUUGGGAGAGAUGACAGGGCCUGUCUGUGUGUAAUGCGGGUCCUGAACUGAGACCAAAUUCGAAGGGAGUUACUUACUAUAGGAUAAUUGGUAAGAUGCUGUUUACUGACAUACUGGCAACAUAACACAUAUUAGAGAAGAUAAGAAAAUAGGGUGGGUGGGGUGUUGCUCAAUUUCAACUCACACCAUGUCACCCCCCUCCUUGGGUCACGACGCCCAGUAUAUUUAUGGAUGUUAGCCGCCCAAUAGUAUUGCAUAAAAUUUGGUAGUCCCAGGCCUCCCACCACCUUCUGUCUCUCCAGGAAUCCCCUCCGUAUCAGAGGAACAGCCUUAUUACAAAUAAAUGCAGAUAUGGACUUGUCAAGCUCCUUAAAAAAGGAUUUUGUGAUGAAAACCGAUACUGUCUGAAACAUGAAGGAACCUAGGCAUAAUACAGUACUUCUUAUUCUUAAUUGUCAUCGAUAGAAUUUAGUCUUCCCGCCAAGGAUAUAGGGAGUGUUGACCAUCACGUAAGGUCUUGCUUGGCCUGCUCUAGAGCUGGUUUAAAGAUGUCUUUGAAUAGGUCUUUGUAUCUACGGGUUACUGUUCCACCCAGAUAUGUAAAGGCAUCCUGGGUUACAGUCAGCAGGUAAGCUUCGAAUGACAUCUGUUGGGCCUGGUCAUUGACUGGAAAGAGCAUAUUCUUAGCAAGGUUAAUCCUAUAUCCUGAAAAUUUACCAAACGUUGAGAUGAUCUCUAAUGCCCUUGGGAAAGAGAUCACCGGAUUUGAUAAAAGAAGCAGCAGGUCGUCUGCAUAUAAGGACAAUUUGUGAGUUAGACCCCCCCUAUCAAUGCCCGUGACAUCCCUAAGGGCAACUGCCAGCGGCUCCAUAGCUAGGUCAAAUAAGAGUGGGCUUAGCAGACAGCACUGUCUUGUCCCUUCUACCUAUCUGGAAAAACCCUGAAAUUGUGCGACUUGUACGAACUGUGGCCUGGGGUGCAGCAUAUAAAUCCAAUUACAAAGUUGAUCCAAAAGCGAAUCUAUCCAAACAUUUAUAAAGUUUGCUAUGGGUGGAGUUUCCGAAGAGUUCAAAACAUUGAAAAGUUUACAUAAGUUACCACAAAGUUGCCUUCCUAUAAUAAAGCCAGUCCAAUCCGGGUGUAUUACUGUAGGCAUGACCGAUUCCAGUCUGCCGGCCAGAACUUUUGUUAGAAUUUUAUAGUCACAACAGAGCAGGCUCAUAGGGCAAUAUGAUUCACAUUUCUGAUGGUCCUUUCCUUUUUUUGAGAAGGACUAAAAUUGGGGCUUGGGUCAUAGUUGGGGGGAGAGAUUUUUGUUCCAGUGCCUUACUGUAAACCUUCUUUAAGAGAGGGACUAAUUUUUUUGCAAUUUUUUUAAAGAACUCAAAUGGAAAGCCAGCGGGCCAGGAGCUUUACCACUCUUCAUCUUAUUAAUUGCCUGAUUUAUUUCAGAUGCUGAGAUGGUAUUGUCAAGUUCUUUUCUAUCCUGGGGGCCACACUCAGCAACUUAAGGCCAUUGGAAAACUGUGCCAUGCACAUGCUAUCGCAGUUUUCUGUGGCAUAAAGAUAAUUUCUUAAAUUGGUCAUUUAAACAUCUUUGAUAAGUCAUAACUCCACCCAGGGUAUCGAUCUCCUCUAUAAACCCAGCCCCUGAGGAUUGCCUCAGCUGAUGGCAAAGCAGUUUAUUGCUCACUCUCCAUGCUCAUAAAACUCCUGGCGAGAUCUAAGGUGCUCCUCUGCAGCCCCGGAUGAAAGAGUAUCAAACUCUGUUUGUAAUUCUACUCUCUUUCUGUAGAGGUCAGUUAUCAGAGAGAUGAGCUAAUUAAGGUGUGCAGACUGUCUUUUAUUUCGAUUUGUAUUGUAUGAUAUUAUCUGGCAACACAAAUAUGCUUUUAGUGUUUCCUGGAGGCUGCAGUAGGUUGUAUCGGGCAACUGAUUCAUUUCUAAAAAAAGUCAAUCUGGAUAUUCAUUAUUUGGAGAAUAAAGGGACGUUUUCACUGGGCUAUGAUCAAAGAUAACAAUGCUCUCAUAUUCAAUAGACCUCAGCAAGGGGAGGAGUCUCUUAUCCAGCAAAAAGUAGUCCAGUCUAGAAUAUGCUUGGUGCACUGGCGAAAAAAAUAGUAAAAAAAAAAAAAAGUACGGCUUAGACCCUGGAUUCCUGUAUCUUCAGACAACAAUCACCCCGUAGGCCUGUAAAAAGGAGCUAAUUGUCUCUGCAGAUUUACUUAGUGACCCUGGUGUAGCCCUGGAGCACUCCAGAGUAGGGUCAAGGACACAGUUCAGGCCCCAAAAUCAGUUUAUGACUGUUCAGUUCUGGAAGGAGGGAAAAAACGUUUUUAAAAAUUUUUGCAUUGUCCCAGUUGGGAGUGUAGACACAUGCAAGCCCCACUGGUAAAUUAUAAAGAUGUACUUGUACUAUGACAAAACGACCGUCCCUGUCCGAGAUAACCUUAGAUUGUAUUAAUUGUACAUUCCUGUGGAAAAGAAUGGCAGCACCUCAGCAAUUAGUACUAAAUGUAGAAUGAAAUAUCUGGGAAAAGCCCCCCUUCUUGAGUCUGGUGUGGUCCUUGCUAAUCAAAUGAGUUUCAGUCAAAAAUGCUAUAUCCAUCCGUAACUUUAAUAAUAAUAAUAAUACAUUUUAUUUAAAAGCGCCUUUCUGAGCACCCAAGGACACUUUACAGGGCAUAAAAACACAGCUAGAAACAUAAUUAAAAUAAAUAAGAACAACAUACAAGUGUGAAAGAAGACAGUUAAAGUGAGUAUGCGAUUCGGAAUAGGUGUGUUUUGAGAUUGGAUUUAAAGUGGGGUAAUGAGUCCAUGUUCCUGAGGUCCGGGGGGAGAGAGUUCCAGAGUUUGGGAGCAGAGCGACUGAAAGCCCUGCUCCCCAUGGUGCUGAGCCAGGCAGAGGGGACAGAGAGGUGGAGGGAGGAGGAGGAUCUGAGGGAGCGUGAGGGGGUGGAUAUGUGGAGGAGAUGGGAGAGGUAGGGGGGGGGCAAGGUUAUGGAUGGCCUUGAAAGUGUACAGGAGGAUUUUGUAGUUGAUUCUGAACUUGAUGGGGAGCCAGUGAAGCUGCUGAAGGACAGGGGUGAUGUGGUGAAAAGAGGGGGUUCUGGUGAUAAUGCGGGCUGCAGAGUUUUGGACAAGUUGAAGUUUAUGGAGGGAUUUGUGAGGGGCACCGAAGAGGAGUGAGUUACAGUAGUCAAUGCGUGAAGUAACAAGGCUGUGGACCAGAAUAGCUGUGGUGUGAGGAGUGAGUGAUGGACGGAGACGGUUGAUGUUUCGUAGGUGGAAAUAUGCAGACCGGGUGAUGCUACUGAUGUGGGAGUGGAAUGAUAGAGAGCUGUCAAGGAUGACACCCAGACUCUUAACCUGAGGGGAAGGGGAUACUGUGGAAUUGUCUAUGGAGAGGGAGAAACUGUUAGUUUUGGAAAGAGUGGACUUGGUACCGACCAGGAGGAGUUCUGUUUUAUUGGAGUUGAGUUUGAGGAAGUUUGAGGUGAACCAGGAUUUAAUUUCUGAGAGGCAGUGGGUGAGGGAGGAGGGUGGAAGGGAGGCGUCGGGUUUGCUGGAGAGGUAGAGCUGGGUGUCAUCUGCGAAGCAAUGAAAAUGUAUGCCAAAUUUACGGAGGAUGCUGCCAAGGGGAAGGAGAUAGAUAAUGAAGAGGAGGGGGCCUAGGACAGAACCCUGGGGGACACCAGAAGUGACAGGGGAGGGCUGUGAGGUGAAUGAUUUGAGUUGGAUGAACUGAGUGCGGCCAGUGAGGUAUGAGUGAAACCAGUGGAGGGGGGUGUGAGUAAUGCCUAUGGAGGAGAGUCUAUGGAGGAGGAUGGGAUGAGAGAUGGUGUCGAAGGCCGCACUCAGAUCGAGGAGAAUGAGGAUGGAGAUUAAACCAGAAUCAGCUGCCAUGAGGAGGUCGUUAGUGAUUUUGAUGAGGGCUGUUUCAGUGCUAUGGAGGGGACGAAAGCCAGACUGGAACUGUUCAUAGAGACUGUUGUGAGUGAGAUGAGUGUGGAGUUGGGAGGCAACAGUUUUUUCUAGGAUUUUGGAAAUGAAGGGGAGGUGGGAAAUGGGGCGGAGGUUAUUGAAGUCGUUGGGGUCUGAACCAGGUUUUUUCAGGGUGGGACUGAUGGUUGCAGUUUUGAAGGGGGUGGGAACAGUUCCAGUAGACAGAGAGGAGUGAAUGAUGGCUGAGAUGAGGGGUAGCAGAGAGGGCAGACAGGAUUUGACCAAAGGAGUGGGGAGGGGGUCCAGCAGGCAGGAUGAAGGUUUAGAUUUGUAUAUGAGGUCAGCAAUUUCUGAGGGAUUAGGGAGUAUAAAGAUGGAAAAAGGUUGGAAGGGAGGGAGAGGUUCAGAUGAGGGAAGAGGUGAGGAUGUGGAGCCCAGGUUCUGAUGGAUCUUGCUGAUUUUGUUAUUGAAAAAACUGAGGAGAGAGUUGCAGGUGUCUGAGGAGUACAUGUGGGGAGGAAAGCAGUCCGGGGGUUGAAUGAUAUGGUUGUAGAUAGAGAAGAGAGAUUUGGGGUUACCAGCAUUGGAGCAGAUGAGUCCAGAGUAGUAUUGAGAUUUGGCAUGAGAGAUUGAGUCCUGAUAGAGAGACAACUGAGUUGUUAGGAUGUCUUUGUGGAUGGAUAGACCGGUUUUUCUGAAGAGUCUUUCUAGCUGUCGAUUUUUGGAUUUUAAGGAGCGGAGAUGGGGGGUAAACCAAGGUGCGGAUCUAGUGAAGGAGACAGAGCGGGAUUUGAUAGGAGCAAUUGAGUUCAAUAUAUUGGACAGUCCAUCGUUAUAUUGUGUGACAAGAUCAUCAGGGGUGGAGGUGGGGUUCAGGGUGAGGGUGGUGAUGUAGGAGGAAAGGGAGUCCAAGUUAAUGUCCUUUAUGUUGCGGUAUGAGAUGGUGCGGGGGGCUUUGGAGAUGGAGAGCUGAAGAUUGACGUUAAGUGAGAGGAGGGAGUGGUCCGUAAUGUGUAAUGUGUCGGCGGUACAGUUGGAGGGGGUGAGACCUGAGCAGCAAAUUAAAUCUAUUGUGUGGCCUUUGAUAUGUGUGGGGAAAUAUGCAAACUGCUGGAAACCAAAGCUUUCAAGUAAUGAAGAGAAGUCCGUGGUAAGGGGUAGGGUAGGAUUGUCCAUGUGGAUAUUGAAAUCUCCAAGCAGGAUUAUAUUGGGUGAGAGAGUGGCGAGGUGUGUAAGAAGGACAGAGAAUUCAUUUAAGAAGUUGCUGUGGGGUUUGGGAGGACGGUAUAUAGUGGCAAUGAUUGUGGGGACAGGUCCGGGUAGCUGACACGCUAGACAUUCCAGUGAGGAGAGAGGAGGCAGAGAGACAGGCAGGACCUUCCACUUCUCGCGAUACAGUAUCGCGAGACCUCCGCCACGUCCCGACUCACGCGGUUUCGAGAUGUAAACAAACCCCGCCGGAGAGGAGUCGUUCAGCUGUGAAAAGUCACCGGGGACUUGCCACGUCUCGUUUAAACAUAAAAAGUCAAACUUGCGGUCGACAAGGAUAUCUUGGACAAGAUGUCCUUUACCUGAGAGGGACCUGAUAUUUAGCAGACCGAAGCUGACGUCCGUGGCGUUGUUGUUGUGGGGAGUGCUAACCGACCUAGCCAGGUUGGCUAACACCCUGUGGUCCAGAGCCCGGCCGGUGUUUUUGUGUUGGCGACGAGUGGAGGACCAGAAAGAGGUAAUCCCAGAGCUGCCAGAGUGGACAGCCCGCCGGGACCCACGGUGGAUAUACCUCGGACGAGGCUGGAGGGCGAUGUCCGGGUGGAGGUGUAGAGCCGCCGGUGGAGGUCCAGGCUUCUGGGAGCGGAGUCUGAGAAACUCCGCCCCUGAAUAUUGGAGGAGUCCUUCAACGGGUAGAUGGAGGAGCGACAGGGCAGUCCACGCCAGGGUGACCAGGGUAGCCGGUAGAUAGACCCGACUGAUCCACAUGGUGAAGCGAGGUGGAGAUGAUGAGAUGGGGAGCCGGGUGGUGUGUCGAGUUAGUAGGCUACCCGACCAGGCACACUGGGCGAUGGGAACUCAAAUUCACCGAAAAGUUGCUGAAUUACAGGGUAAGAGUCCAGUGGAGACCAGCUUAACUGGGAGCUGGUCACCAGAGCACGGAAAAGUGUUAAAAAGUUAAAAUGUUACCGUGAGCAGCGGCAGCCAAACGCGCCAGCGUCCACUCAACCUGAAGCUCAUCUUUAAUAGUUGCUUAAUAGUUGUGAAAAUACCUUACUCCGUUUUAUAGGAUGAUUGAGCCCUCUAGCGUUCCAAUUGAUAAAUAUAGUUUUUGCCUGCUUUACUCUGCUGGUAUUAGGAUCCAUCAUUAUUUCUUAUCCAAACUCUGGUAGCCUGACUAUAAACAGGAUAUGAUGUAUCUGAUAUCUCUAGUAUUACAAAACUUUCUGAAGUAUGACAGUUCUCUGUAGCAACAUGUAACAUUAACGAAACCUCAAUGCUGGCUCCUUCCCAACUGAGAGGCUGCAUACCCUACUAGCAUGUUAUCACACUCUAAAAAUCCAACUUGGGUUGUUUUUAACCCAACACCAGGGUUGAAAAGGGAGCGACUACUUAUUGGAUUAUUUUGACCCAGAAUGUUGGGUUAUUCAAAUUAACCCAAAUUUUUUAAGGGUCAAGUUAACCCAAUCUUUGAGAUGAUUUGACUGAUGAUCUUGGGUUAAAUUGAUAUAUGCAUUAGGGGAACUUUUUUGGGAGCUUUGCUUUUACAACCUGUACCCUAUUUUCCCAUGUACUUUUAUCUAACAGAUUGGUGGAAAUCUGUUAGAUAAUAGUAUCUGUCAAACAGUGGGACAGCAGGCUAUAGAGCCAGCCACCCACUCAAAACAUACUAACUCGUGUUAACAGAGGUCUGUUAAGCCAAACUGAACCAUAGAAAUUACGUUUAUUUUGUCAUCCUCUCUUUGGCCGGCCGUCAAGAAAGCAAAACAUAGAAACAGUCUCUAGCUCAUGAGGAUGGUAUUGCGCUAUAUCAGUGCUGCUAUGAACCAUCGAAAUUAUGCUUACUUUGUCAUCCUCUCGUUAGCAGGCCGUCAAGAAAGCAAAACAUGGUAACAAUCUCUAGUUCACAAGGAUGUUGUUGCGCUAUUUCGGCGCAUCUGUAAGCCACAGAAAUAAUAUCUACUUUGUCAUCCUCCCGUUAGUUUGCAAUCGAGAAAGCAAAACUGCAGUCUGAAUAUAGCAGGGACUGAGUCUAUAACAGUCUAUAACAGUCCUAGUUAACAAAAGUCUGUAAUUAUUUGAGUAAAUAACAUUCAUAGUCUCUGACAGUCUUAGCCUGUAACUGUCCUAGUCUAUAACAGUCUAUAACAGUCCUAAUUACUAACAGUCUGUAAAAAUCUGAGUUAAUAACAUUCAUAGUCUCUAAUAGUCUUAGCCUGUAACAGUCUGAGUCUAUCACAGUCUGUGUCUAUAUAGGUCUACGUCUAUUACAGUCAGAGGCAAGAACAGUCUAAGUCUAUAACAUUUCAAGCUUGUAAUAAUCUUAGUUAACAACAGUGUAUAACAAUCUGAGUUAGUCAGGGUGUUUUUUUAAGUGGACCAAAAAGUGGAUCAAAAGCAAAGGAACACAGUUGUUUUGUGUUCACAUUGUGAGUUUAUUUCAAAGGGUGUUUUCACACUUGGUCCCUUUCAGCCCUUGAAAUGAUUUCAGAUUGCUUACUCAGCAUUUUUUGUAUAUAUGUGAACAAUCCAACUAGUGUUGGGCGAUAAAACGAUAAUGAUAUAUAUCAAUAAUUAAUUUCCUUCAAUAUCAAUAUAAAACAUGGAAAAUAUGCUUUUUGAUAGUCAGCAUUAAAAAGGAAAAAAAGUGUGUUCUCCAGGAUUUAGCUGGGUUUAGUGUGGCAAGGUGUAUGGUGUGUGUCCCCGUUAAAAGACAUGGAUACAGAUGUCCAGUUUAAUGGUGGAUUUAUUUGACUGUGGUUCUGCAGAUAAAAAUACAAGGCAGCAAUCAGUCCAGCUCACACCAUACAUAACACACAUAUAUAAUAUUACUCUGCAUAUAAAGGACUGUAUUCAGCAAUCAAUCAUAUGAUAUAUGAGUCAUAUAUUGUAAAAAAAAAAAAAAAUCUCACAUGAGGCUCAUGGCAGCCAUGGUAAGAAUUGGCUCAUUAGCUGAACAUUGAGUAGCAUAAGACAGCAUUAGCCAUAAUCACGGUAAACAAUAAAUUAACACAAUAUAGCAUCCAACUUGGACAGUCAAACAUCAUAAAACUCGCUUCUGGCAUUUACACACAAUAAACCCGGGAUGUGAAGGUGAAUAUUGGGUAAAAACAAGAGGAAAUUUACGAAUCAAUCGGCAUAGGACAAACUAAGCGUAAAACACAAUAUAACUGAACAGUAUUUACUUGAAAACACCUAAACAACAUGGGCUUUCUAACAGGCAUUCUGCCAUGUUUUGGUAGACUAUACAAGUAGCCAAUGAAAAGGGGAGUUGCUCCAGGUCUGCUUCACGCUGUACCAUUCAUGUGCUGAAUUAGAACCAAGUAGCAAACAACUGCAUGGUAGCAGGCUGCAGCUACACACAACCAUAGCACUUAAACAUGUGAAGCCGACAGCACUGGCGCUGAGAAAGAAAGAAAAUGAGAUCUACCCUUGGCAGAAAUGCAGAUGAAGGCUGAAUAGAUGAUGGCAUCAUUGACAACAUUGGCAUGAAAAACUCGAUAGUGUGGAGGUAUUUUGUUUUUUGACAUCGGACAUGAAGCAGAGUAAUGUGCACUGCAAAUUAUGUCGAGUACAUGUUCUCGCAAAGUCAAGGUAUACCUCAAAUCUUUUUCACUACCUGAAGCGGUGCCACACGGCAGAGCACGCACGAUGCAAAAGGUUACAAACCCUGAGCAGAGUAAGGAGCACAUGGCGCCUGUGCAGCCGAAUCAUUCAGUCCACUUUCUCUAGCGCAGUGUUUAUGACAAAACGUCAAAGAGACACAAAGACCUCACAGAUGCAGGAGCUUAUUGUUUUGCAAAAGACAUGCUACCAAUAAGCACUGUAAAAUUUCAAUUUUUAUCGCGAUAUAUAUCAAUAUCGACUAAUAUGAAAAAAUAUAUUGUGGUAAACUUUUUCCCAUAUCGCCCAGCCCUAACUCCAACUUAGACCCCUUUAAAAUGAACUGUACUUAGAGCACCUCGGCUCUGAGUACAGUUUUGUUUAAAGGCAUAACACACACACAUUUUCACUCAGGACCAUAGUAGGAAUAAGCUCUCAAGCUUCUGUUUGUUUCUGUUCUGUUUUGUUUUAUCCUCUUGAAAUAUACAACACAUAAUAAUGAGCAAAUAUUAGCAUUUUGCCCAUAAAAAGUAACAAACCUUUCAUGUAUUUCUGGUAGUCAGCAAGUCAAGCUGGCACCACAACCUCAGUUUGGCCGGCUCCCUCUUUCCUCCGGGUCACUGUCCCUGUCAUGGUGGUUUGAGAGUACCAUGACAAUUUGGGUGUCAUGCCAAAUACAGAAAGUGAGCUCGUCUUUUUGAGCCACUCUGAAUUCAUGCCUUCCCAGGGAUGCUCUUUUGGUAAGCAUGUCACUCUUUGGGAGUCCCUUCCUAUUGGCACGGACAGUGCCACAGGCAUUCAGACCAUGGGUCUUCAUUUCCUAGAAGAGCUCCACCCCAGUGUAGAAGUGGUCCAUGUAAAUGGAGAAAUGAGAGCUGUAAUAAGGCCUGGCUAAAUCCAUUACCACACAGUGUGCAAGUCCUCUCUCUUGAGUCCCCUCAUGACCUGUGUACACCUAGACGUUUGUAAGGAUAAGAGAGAGGAAUAAUACAUUACUGUAAAACAAUAUCUUUACAAGCAGUUAUACAACAAUGCAUCUUUACAUAUACGAGCUACUUGGUGCAUUGAUUUAAUUCUUUUUUUUUUUUUUAUCUGGAAGUUUGACACAUAACCUGUAGAGCUCUCCGCCAUGACCCACAUCUUGAUGCCCCAUUUUAUUGAAUUCAUGGAGAGAUAUUGUCGUAAAGAGAGAUGUCCCUUGAACUUAAUCAUGCUUUCAUCCACAGUCACAGUGCCAUCAACCUCAUACAGUGACUGGAACUGAACAUUGAAGUAGUUCAGGAACCAUCUCAUUUUCCAGAGCUUGUCACUUUGGUUGACAACAGCUGCCUGGUUGUCCUGGAGGUGUAGAUAUCUGAAAUAUAGAAAUGAUAACAUAAUACAUUAUCAUGACCUUUAUCAAUCCCUCCUUGCCAUAAAAGUCGUUAUUUCUUAUCAAUAAAAUAAAACUGUAAAAAGACCAAUUAUCAUCACCAGUAUCAGUUAUUCUUACCACUACCAUCAUCAUUUUCAUUAUUGUUAUUAUCAUCUUAGAUUUUGUUAUUCUUAUUCUUACCUCCAUAUACCAUAAAAUCUGUCCCAGGACAUGUAUUUCGAGAAGCUUGUCUGGAAUAAAUCUUUUUUAUGCCACCAGUAGCCCCUCCAGACUGGCAGAAAAAUGAGCCCCAUGGAGAUGCAAAGUCCGAUGAAUGUUUUCAUUUUCGUCUGAGUCAAAGGAGCCCACUUCGCAGCCUUUGGCCUGGAUGGUGUUCUUCAUUUUGUCUGGGAUGCAUAAAUAUUUUUCUGGCUGACGAGGUGUGACCAGAGUUCCUCUGGAAAAAUAUGUGCAAAUGCCUUCAUUGGAGUUACGCCUGUAGGCAGAUCAACUUUUACGCCUGGUCUGCGGUUGAAAGACCAUGUGAAAUUAUGGUGGUAAUAAUCCGUUUUCCACUCUUUAGUGAAGCCUUUAAAUUCUUCGUCAUCAUCUUCGUCGUCUAGAAACAUCCCUCUCACCCACAAAUCCCUAUCUUGUGGCCCAGAAGGUUCAAAAUAGGGGUUGUCAAUGUCAUAAUUUCUGUCAAUAUUACUAUCUUCACAAAGACUGGAUGCUUCUCCUCUGAAGCUGCUCUCUACCUCCAUCAUUGUUUACUUUCCUUACGAAGCAUGCAGCAAGAUCUUAGCUGCCCCUACAUUUUAAAGUUCAUUUUAAAAUUCUUUUUAAAUCACUUAAUGGUCUUGCCCCGCCUUACCCCUCUGAACUUCUGCACUUCUGUACUCCUUCCUGGUCUCUCAGUGACCAAUCUACGUCAAGCAAAGAAGGUUAUAAUGCAGUGCAAAAAGGUGACGUGAACCCAGUGCACCUUGAGUUUACAAUGCACAGAUAAGGCCAACCAUACCGCAGACUUUUUAGCAAACCGUACUGAGACCACCUCAGGAGGUACUCUGGGUUUGUUUUAAAGGGGUCUGGGUACAGUUGGAGUGUUCGUAUAUAGACAGAAAAAAAAAAAGGCAGAGUCAUCGAUCUGAGUUUAUUUAGAGGGCUGAAAGGGGUCAAGAGUAAAAACACUUUAACAUUCUUAGCCUGUAACAGUCUAAAUCUAUAACAGUUUAUGUUUAUAAUGGUCUGAGUCUAAAGUGGUCCCCAUCAUACAGAAGAGGUGGUCCAAGCCUGAACCACUUCUCAUUCCUACCUUUGUCAAUAAGCACAGUUUCUAACUAGAAAAGCACUCCGAGAGCGCAGACCUCCGCCAAGCAGCUCACAGUAUCCGGAAUUUUGUCUGCGAGGCGGCAAUUAUAAAACUUUUUAACGAUGAUGGCGGUGUGUGAGUCCUGCCUCCCCAUUGUCUCUAAAUUAAGGGAGAGCAUAACAGGACUAAGGAAAGACCUUGAGGAGAAAAAUAGGACCCUGAUGGAUUUUUCCAGCGUGGCUACCAUGCAAAAUAAAGUUAUAGCUCACCUCAGGGCCUACAGCGCAGAAGACCGGAGCUUGGCAGGCACCACCAACAACACCACCCUCCCAUGGACCGGCUCUGUCAACACCGGGACCCUGGCGGAUGCACGAGCCGACUCCCAUUGGCACCUCCGGGGAGCCAGGCCCAAAAUAUCAGCACCCUCCACCUCCUGCCACCGCUCCACAGAGCCGCAGCACUCCACCGAGGAGGACGCAACAGCAACUCCGGCGACAUCAACGCCCAUCAGGCCAAGGGAGCCCUGGUCAGUGGUGACCAGGGGCGCCGCGGCUAGCUCACCACCUGCUCCACCUCAGGACUUGCCGCUGGAGAACAGGUUUGAUAUCCUGAGCCUGCAUGACUUUCCUCCCAUGGGUGCCUGGUCCCCUUCCAUCCAUCCAGCUGGACGUGGCGCUCACCAGCCCGGGGGCCGGUGUUGUGCCGUAGAAAGCACCCCCGCUGUAGAAUGCACCCCCUGACGGCAUCCCCUGACGGGAGCGCGCCUACGUCACUCGGUUCGAAAAGUACAGCAACUAGCUCGAGUUGCAACAAUAUAAAGCGGAAAACUACUUUGUUUUUUAACUUUUCUGGUGAAGGGACUGCUGGGUAAAGGAACAGAUAUGUGUGCAUUUCAAAUAAAUCACAAGAACACGUCGCCAUUCUUUUCUUCUUCCCCGAAACCGCAUUCUGUAGCAAUAGUAAACUCAGCUGUAAUGACCCAAGGAGCCGGUUGGAAGUGCAUAACAAGGUGAAAUAAUCCAAGUUUUCCGUACCACUGGAUGGAUUCAAAAAGGUGUGCCUUUAAUGAUUUCAUUCAGCCUAUGCAGAAAGACCGAAAACAAUAGCCCUCUGAUUCGGAAUAUUUGCUGUCCCGAAAAUAUAAUGUUCUCUGCCGCGACAGAUUGCUGUACAGUUUCUGUACCCAAGUAGCUACUCUUAUAUGUGUACAUUUUUGAGAGACAUAAAAACUGAAAGAAUAUUUGACAUGUUGUCAUGAUCCAAUACUUGUGUUUUUUUUUUCAUAUAAGAUCAUUUUCUUCCACUCAUCCACUUGAGUGGAUGGAUAAAUCAAUAAAUGGAUGAGUCAGAAGUCGACGGAUGACAAUUCGGUUUUCAGACGCUUCAUAUUUGAACGUACACAACUUCGGCACCAAGAGUAUGCAAUUAAAUGUUCCUGAUGCUGAGGUACAAUGUAUGGAGAAUACAUUUCAUGGCAGGCUGUUGAGGCCAUUGCUCAGAGAUGCACCCCGUGUCUAUCUCUGGCCAGGAAGGUCAGAGGGCCAUGAAACUCACCCUGGUUACUCAUACUUAUCCCCUCUUUAUACUGUAAAAAUUAUGUGGUGCAGCGUCCAACAGAAAAGCAUUUAUGGUGGGGGUGCAUUUUCCGGCAGCAUGUCUUUGCUAUCUACCUGAGACUGCACCCCGUGUCUAUCUCUGGCCAUGAAGGUCAGAGGGCCAUGAAACUCACCAUAGUUACUCAUACUUAUCCCCUCUUUAUACUGUAAAAAUUUGUGUGGUGCAGGGUCCAACAGAAAAGCAUUUAUGGUGGGGGUGCAUUUUCCGGCAGCAUGUCUUUGCUAUCUACCUGAGACUGCACCCGUGUCUAUCUCUGGCCAGGAAGGUCAGAGGGCCAUGAAACUCACCAUAGUUACUCACACUUAUCCUCUUUUUAUACUGUAAAAAUCAUGUGGUGCAGGGUCCAACAGAAAAGCAUUUAUGGUGGGGGUGCGUUUUCCAGCAGCAUGUCUUUGCUAUCUACCUGAGACUGCACCCCGUGUCUAUCUCUGGCCAGGAAGGUCAGAGGGCCAUGAAACUUACCCUAGUUACUCAUACUUAUCCUCUUUUUAUACUGUAAAAAUCAUGUGGUGCAGGGUCCAACAGAAAUGCAUUUAUGGUGGGGGUGCGUUUUCAGACAGCAUGUCUGUGCCUACUGUCUGAGACUGCACCCCCCGUCUAUCUCUGGCCAGGAAGGUCAGAGGGCCAUGAAACUCACCCUAGUUACUCAUACUUAUCCCCUCUUUAUACUGUAAAAUUCAUGUGGUGCAGGGUCCAACAGAAAUGACAGAUGACAGAUAGAUGGGGGGUGCAGUCUCAGGUAGAUAUCAAAGAAAUGCUGCCGGAAAACGCACCCCCACCAUAAAUGCAUUUCUGUUGGACCCUGCACCACAUGAUUUUUACAGUAUAAAAAGGGGAUAAGUAUGAGUAACUAGGGUGAGUUUCAUGGCCCUCUGACCUUCCUAGCCAGAGAUAGACAGGGGGUGCAGUCUCAGGAAGUAAACAAAGCCAUGCUGGCGGAAAAAAAUCCACCCCCACCAUAAAUGCAUUUCUGUUGGACCGUGCACCACAUGAUUUGGGACUAGGAAGAGUAACCAGGGUGAGUUUCAUGGCUCUCUGACCUUCCUAGCCAGAGAAAGACAGGGGCUGCAUCUCUGAGCAAUGGCCUCAACAGCCUGCCAUGAAAUGUAUUCUCCAUACAUUGUACCUCAGCAUCAGGAACAUUUAAUUGCAUACUCUUGGAGACGAAAUUUUGUACGUUCAAAUAUGACGCGUCUGAAAACCGAAUUGUCAUCUGUCGACUUCUGACUCAUCCAUUUAUUCAUUUAUCCAUCCACUCAUGAGCCUCUCUAAGUGGAAGUAAAUGAUCUUAUAUUAUAUAAAACACGAGUAUUGGAUCAUGACAACAUGUCAAAUUGUCUUUCAGUUUUUAUUUCUCUCAAAAAUGUACACAUAUAAGAGUACUUGGGUAUAGAAACUGUACAGCAAUCUGUCGCGGUAGAGAACAUUAUAUUUUCGGGACAGCAAAUAUUCUGAAUCAGAGGGCUAUUGUUUUCGGUCUUUCUGCAUGGGCUGAAUGAAAUCAUUAAAGGCACACCUUUUUGAAUCCAUCCAGUGGUACGGAAAACUUGGAUUAUUUCACCUUGUUAUGCACUUCCAACCGGCUCCUUGGGUCAUUACAGCUGAGUUUACUAUUGCUACAGAAUGCGGUUUCGGGGAAGAAGAAAAGAAUGGCGACGUGUUCUUGUGAUUUAUUUGAAAUGCACACAUAUCUGUUCCUUUACCCAGCAGUCCCUUCACCAGAAAAGUUAAAAAACAAAGUAGUUUUCCGCUUUAUAUUGUUGCAACUCGAGCUAGUUGCUGUACUUUUCGAACCGAGUGACGUAGGCGCGCUCCCGUCAGGGGGUGCAUUCUAUGGCGUGGGUGCUUUCUACGGCACAACACCGGGCUGGCCUCUCUCCAAUGUCCCGGUCGGCUAUGGCCACGGCAACAACCAGGGCGCCCAGCUCCAGACCGAUCGCGGCCGCGAUCAGCGGAAAACAAACCGCAGGCCCUGUCCUGCCACCUCCGUGGAAGAGCAGCGCCCGCUACUGUGGCUGCCCGCCACCCCCGUACUGCCAGUCAACAGGUAACACGCACCCAGGACCGGCGUGCCCCCUCCACGCUAGUGGUUGGGACCUCCAUGGUCCGACACGUGAAGGUGGCCGGACUUUCUGCCUCCCGGGUGCCACCGUUAGGGAGGUGUAGUCCUUCGCCCUGCAGCUGAGCAAGGGACAUGGCUCGGCCACCACGCUGGUGCUGCAGGCUGGCACCAACGACCUUAAAAAACAACAGUCCAAGAUCCUCAAACAGGAUUUUUCCUCCCUGGUGGAUCGCCUGCUGCACACCGGUAAGCGUGUGGUAAUCUCUGGCCCGCUACAAUCACCUUGUCACGGCUGAAGGGCUACUGAGCAUCCCAUUUGUGUUUUUUCUGAACAGACCAGACCUCCUUAGGGGAGACGGUCUGGACCCGAACCGGGAGGGAUCGUGGCUUUUAUCUGUAAAUAUGGACCUUACCCUUUGCUCCUGUACCACAGCCACCUCCUGACAAACUGUCAACACAUGCACACACACGCCCCCUACCCCUCACCCCUCUGCAUUCCCUCACACACCUCACCAGCAACACCCCCACCACUCUUAAUAGAAAAACAGGACACUCACACUAUCAAAACCAUCAUUUCAUACAGACAACCGAAACCAAGGACUGUUUUUAGACCCCCCAGUGUUUUUAAAAUCCCCCUUUUAUCAAGGGCUGAGCGCACGUUCGGCACGGACAUUAAAAUGGCUAUGCUGAACAUGCACUCUCUUUUAAACAAGUCUUUUAUAAUAAAUGAUUUAAUUUUAGAAAAACAGCUUGACUGUAUCCUGCUUACUGAGACAUGGCUUGGCACUGAUGCACCUGUUGUUCUCACUGAGGCCCCCCCCACAAAUUUUAACUUUUUAUUUUCUACGUGGGAGGGGAAGAAAGGAGGAGGAACUGCAUCAGUAAUACGAUCCACGCUGUCCCCUUCUGCAAUUCCCUUUAGCAGCUACUCGUCAUUUGGAUAUCACGCCUUUGUUUUUAGCAGCCCUCCUAUCCUCUGCAUCAAUGUGUACAGACCCCCCCCACCCCCCCGCUACUCGACCUCUUUUAUCAGUGAAUUCUCAGAACUUUUAUCAAUCAUCCACACCACCUACAACAGGAUUUUAAUAACUGGUGAUUUUAAUUUACACAUUGACAAUACCUCAGACCCAGUGUCUAGAGAAUUUUAAAAUCUUUUAAACUGCUCUGAUUUUCAGCAGCAUGUGACACAGCUGACCCACAGCAGGGGGCGCAUGCUGGACCUGGUCAUAAGCUUUGCCCUGGCCGUUGGUGCGCCCUCUGUUGUGGAUCUGGCUGUGUCUGACCAUUUUUGUGUGUUUUUUAAAAUCAGCAGUUUUAACCAGAGGGGGAGCCCAGUCAGAACGGUGAGGAAACGCUACCUAACUUCUGAAGUGGCUGCAAAUUUUAUUCACAUCCUACAGAACACCUCUCCACAAAUUUUACCAGCACCCUGUGAUUUUAUCAUUGAUAAUUUUAACAACAAUCUAAGGUCAACACUGGACUCAGUUGCUCCACUUUUAACCAAAACAAUCAAGAAAAAAGCAAGACCCCCCAUGGAGAAACGAGCAUAUCAAAGAGCUCAAACGAAAAUGCAGGAGUGCUGAAAGAAGAUGGAGAAAAUCAAAAUUAACAGUCCACCUUGAAAUUUUUAAACACCACCUCAAAACCUACAAUAGCACAGUCAAACAGGCAAGAACUUCCCACUACAAAAAACUAAUCGCUGACAAUAAACAUAACCCCAGAUUUCUUUUGACAACUAUUGAUCUUUUAACUAACAAUAAUUUUAACAGAACCCCUGGGUCAUCCUCUGAUACCCUCUGUGAGGAUUUUGCAGACCACUUCAGAAGUAAAAUCGACAACAUCAGAUCCAGCGUUUUAUCUCAACAGAUUUUAACUGCUAACAUACCUGGAUCACUGCUUUUACCCGAGAAAACACUGGAGAGUUUUGCACUGGUUGAUGCGCAGACACUUGGUCGAGUUUUCUUCCAAGUAAACCCCCCAACCUGCCUUUUAGAUCCAAUUCCCACACGGUUUUUUAAACAGUUUUAUGGAUUCUUUGAGGAACAGCUUUUAAACAUUGUAAAUUGCUCUCUUCAGACAGGGGUCUUCCCCACCUGCUUUAAAAUGGCGCUGGUGAGGCCUCUUGUGAAGAAGAACAAUCUGGACCCAUAAAAUUAUGUGUGGGGUUCCCCAGGGGUCAAUUUUGGGUCCAACUCUUUUUAAUCUUUACAUGCUUCCCCUGGGGGACAUCAUCAAGAGACACGGCAUCAGCUUCCACAGCUAUGCUGAUGAUACACAACUGUACAUGGCCGUGUCUCCUGAUGAUAGCGGGCCAAUUGAUGCCCUUUUAAAUUGCAUUUUAGACAUUAAGUCCUGGAUGGCAGCCAACUUCCUGCAGCUCAACCAGGACAAAACAGAGGUUUUAGUUAUUGGUCCUGAAGGCCUGAGAGAGACACUUUUACCAAAACUACAAGAUUUUAAAGUAUCAACAUCUAUAAAAAACCUGGGCAUAAUUUUCGACUCUGAGCUCAGUUUUAUUCCACACAUCAAAAACAUAGCAAAGGUAGGUUUUUACCACCUUAAGAAUAUAGCCAGAGUCUGCCUGUUUCUCUCUCAGGCCAGCACAGAGGUGAUGAUGCAUGCUUUUAUCUCCUCUCGUUUAGAUCAUUGUAACGCCCUGCUCUCUGGUCUCCCAAAGAAGAACUUACAUACACUUCAGCCUUUACAGAAUUCAGCUUCAAGAGUGCUGACAAGGGCCAAAGGGCAAGAGCAUAUAACUCCAGUUUUAGCAUCGCUGCAUUGGCUCCAGGACGGGGAGGCGGCGUUCAGUUUUUAUGGUCCCCGGUUGUGGAACAGCCUGCCGGAGAGCCUUAGGGCCGCAGAGACUGUUGAUAUUUUUAAGAAGAGGCUCAAGACUCACUUUUUUAACCAGGCUUUUUACUAAUUGCCAUUUUAGAUUUCUCUUAUUGUAAAUGUUAAUUUUAAUCAAAGUUCUUGAUGUUUAUUUUAUGUCAUUCUAUUCAUUAUCUCUGUUCUUAGCCUUUUUUAAUUUUAAUUUCCCGUUAGUUUUAAAAUUUUCCCUUUUAUUUAUUUGUUCAUUUAAUAUUAUUAAUUUCUUAUUUUAGUCCAUCAGGUUUUACUCUUUUCACCAUUUUGAUCUCUAUUUUUAUCUCCUGUGUUUCCUGAAGGUAGCUCUUUCCUCAUGUAAUGUCUCGGUGUCAGGCCAUGUCUCUUUAAGUUAUAUCAUAAAUUCUCACACUGUGUGCGGUUGUGUGCGUAUGUGUGGGUGAGUGAGGGUGGGUGUGUGUCUUUGUGUGUGUGUGGGUCCAUGGGUGUGUGUGUGGGUGGAAGGGUUGGGUUUUUGUUUUUAUUGUUGUUUUUAGCCUCUGUGAGGCACUUUGAAUUGCAUUUCCUCAUGCACGAAAAAUGCCAUAUACUGUAUAUAAAGCUGAAUUGAAAAAUUGAAUUGGAUCAGGAUCAACCUUUGACACCUCAUAAAACUCAUUGAGCUCCUUUUGUGUAAUUUUUUUACUAAAGACUCUGGCCAUUUUUAUAGAGUUAAAUGCAAAAAUUCCAAAAUUUGCCCUAUCUCACAAUGAUAAAGAAUCCUUCCUGGAUCCAGAAGGCGAUCCGGAUCACCACCAAAAUGUAAUGGGAUCCUCCUGGGGCUGAGACGCACCUCUGGUGAAAAUUUCAGGUCAAUCCGUCUGUAACUUUCUCCGUAAAGUUGCUAACAGACAAACCAACGCUACCAAAAACAUAACCUCCUUGGCGGAGGUAAUUAUUCCUGUUAUUAUUUAUAAGCAGAUACUCCCCCAGCUCUGAUUUGUACUUUAGGUGAUAUAAAAAAGCUGCUGUGUGCAUAGUCUUCUUAUACUGUGUGUGUGUGUGUGUGUGUGUGUGUGUGUGUGUGUGUGUGUGUGUGUGUGUGUGUGUGUGUGUGUGUGUGUGUGUGUGUGUGUGUGUGUGCAGGAGAUCAUGAUAAGCGACGUCCUGAUCCAGGUGAGCAGCUCAUUAAGGUGCAGAAGGUCUUUGUUCAUCCUCACUUCCACUCGUUUACCUUCGACAGUGACAUCGCUCUGUUGUACCUUGAGCAGCCCGUUGUUAGGGGCCCAACUGCUGUCCCUGCUUGCCUACCUGACCGUCACCUGUCCAAAUACCUGCUGCAGGUAACUUUAACAAGAACAUGGAGGGUUGCAGUGUUUUAAAAGGCCUAUACACACCACCUGAUACAUGAUUUUUUUGUGUGUUUAUCAGGUGGAUAACCGAGGUGUGGUGACAGGCUGGGGAUUGACACGUUACCUGGGCAGAUCCUCCAGGUUCCUCAGGAAGGUGACCCUCCCUGUGGUCAGUUACAGUGACUGUACAGCUACUACUGAACAGGUGAUACACAGACACACACAGUCUUAAAUACCAGCAGGUUUGACCGUGGUACCCAGGGUCACUGAGGGUGGAGCCUUAAGUUUACAGUUACUCUUAGUUCAUUUAAAUAGACCUUUGUCCUCAUCCUCUCAGCACCCCCAGCUGUGCCAUGACUUGUCCGUAACAUGUCCCUGACUUGUGAUCCAUGUGGGUCUCUGUCCUCAGGUGGUAACAGAUAACAUGUUCUGUGCGGGGUACACAGACACAAGCAUGGACGCUUGCAGUGGGGACAGUGGGGGGCCGUUUGUGGUGAACUAUAGGGGGACCUGGUUUCUGACUGGAGUGGUCAGCUGGGGGGAGAAAUGUGCAGCCAAAGGCAAGUAUGGGGUCUACACCCGCCUGGGGAACUUCCUCCACUGGAUACAAGACACCAUGCAGAGGCCAGACCUGAACAGGACCCACAGCUGAUUCCAAUACCAGAACCCGCCAAGAUCAGGACCAGUAGAAUUCAAGACCAGUAGAGACCAGGACAAGCAGGGAUUAUGACAACUGAACACCGGGUUCAGCAGAGACCAGAACAGAGAGACUUCAUAGGAAAACAAAGACCUGAUCCAGAGCUAAAGUCCAUCAUUGUUCCAUCAGAGGCAGUCUCAACUGAGCUGCUGCAAAGAAAUCCAUUGCAGAAGAAAACUGCGUCCUACUUUUUCUGCGAUUUUUCCCUCUCAAAAUUAAAGUCUUUAUGUGUCAUCCUAUAAAAGAUACAAGGAAACAGAUUAAAAAUAUAAAACACUCAAAGACACAAAGAUACAAAGAAUCAGAUACAGAAUCAGAGGCACAGAAAUGCAAAGAUUCAAAGAAACAAAGAGUCAAAGAUACAGAGUGGGUCAGAGACUCAGGGUGUUUUCACUCUUGGUCCCUUUUCAGCCCUCUAAACAAUUCAGAUUGAUUACUCACCAUUUUUUAUCUAUAUUUGAACACUCCAACUAUACUCAGACCCCUUUAAAAUGAACCACCAAUGAGACCACCCUGGGAGGUACUGUCAGUACAGUAUGCUAAAAAGUCUGCAGUACGGUUCACCACAAUCUGCGCAUUGUGAACACAAAGUGCACCCAGUUCACUUCACCUUUUUGCACUGCAUUAUAAUAUUACUCAGAGUGGUAGAGAAAAGAAAGCACAACAAAUCCAAGGUAUGGCUUUCAAUAUUUCAUCUUGAUACGUGGACGCAGCGUUUUUUUUUUUUUUUUUUUUUUUUUUGGGGGGGGGGGGUGACUAUAUAUGACCCAGUGUUAUCUUAACCCUUGGUUCCAAUUGUGCCGUUUUCUUCAUUUUUAUCAUCAUUAUUUUGAGUUUAUAGUCACAUAGUUAAAGAUUGAGGCAUCAAAUUGGGUGACGGUUCUUAUUUUUCUUCAUAGUAAAAAAGAACAAACACGCUGCCCAUAGACCACUGUCAAAGCAUUUUGUCUCCAUCCAGCCUACUCUGUCCACAAAACGGACGAUAGACUUCCAUCAAAAAACAGUUUUUUUAAUGGUGUGUUUAUGGCAUCAAAACAACAUAUUGCAACCUUUUUUUGCAGUCACCCAGUUACCAGGGCUCUAAAUUUUACUUUUCCACAGUGAAACAACAGAUUGUGCCCGUGCACAAUUUUAAUCCCUUUGGUGCUGCGCACGCAGUGUUUCUGUCAUGGACUGAGAGUGUUUGAAGUGCUAUUUCAUCCACUAAGCAUCAUCAAUAUUAAAUUCCCAUAUUAUACUCCUUUUCAGCAGGUUCACAUAGGUCUCAGAGGUCCCAGAACAGUCAAUUUGAAGGUUGUUGUCUAAAACCCAGUUUUUUUCCUGGACUUCAGCCAGCCUGAAAACUCUAUUUAGUGAGCUGUAUCGAGAACACACUGUUUCUGUUUGCCUUGCCUGUCCACGCCUCCUUCAGCACAAGCCAUGCCCCUCUCUGUCUCUCUGGAAGAGGGGUUGCGCUAUAGUACCAUGCGCUAAUGUUUACACAGGGUGCUUGGUAUGGCUGUAGAAGCGCUGUGGUCCAGCUGAACCAGUUUGAUCCAGAGUCUGACCCAGAAAGAUAGGCUCCUGAAGAAGUUCCAACUCUGUGACUGCAGCAGGACGUUUCUGAAUGGUUAGUUACAAAUAUUAUGUGUUGUGAUAUUUUUAUCUGUACAUUGUUUGUGUGUUGGUAUACAGUGACUUAUAUGUAGCUUACAUUAGCUCCUGCUAAUGGUUACAUUUCCGCUGUCUUCUCAUUACUUGGAGCUCUUUUGGUGAAUGCGCAAUAUUGUAAGUAAAGUUAUCUCUUGUGACUACAUGAAAUAGUAAAACUUACAGCUCCCACCAGGGGUGGACUGGGAACACAAUUCAGGCCAGGAGUUUGACUCCAUCCAGGCCAAUACACAUUGAAGCAGAUUUGCUGGCAACGGCAAAGGAAUUAGUUUUAGUCUUUGUCUCGUUUCUUUGUAUCAUUUUAAUCGGAAGUAAUUUGACAGGUGCUUUAUAGCCUACUGAACUAGAUUUUACAGAAGGAUAUUCAUCAUGGUUAUAAAAACUCCAUAUUAGUCAUGCCUUCAACUAUUUGUUUACUCAUUUAAACUAAGAAUAUAGCCUACCACAUUGCUGUUGUACUCUAAUAAAAUGUUGAAAGCUUGUCAGAAAAUGUCAAAGUUCUUGAGAGGCAUAAAACUUGGAUUAGCAUGCACCACUAGCAUCGUAGUCGGUCAGCGACCUUAUUAAACUCAAACUGAUCACAUCUUAGAGCUACAGCACGAAAAAACAAUUACAGACAUUUCCCCUGGGGGAGAAAGAGACAGAAACAUGAUCAGCUCAGGAGCGGAGUGGACAACGAUGCUCGAUCAGCGCAUCUGUGGCCGAUCACCUCACAGCUCUACUUUCAGUCGCGACAGCUACGUGUUGCCAUGGCAACGGACAUGAAUUAAUUAAACCCUUUUACUGCUGGCCUGGCCUGCUUCCAAGUUCAAUGGCCUGGUCUUUUUGUGUGUGUGUGUGUGUGUGUGUGUGUGGGGGGGGGGGGGGGAUCGGCCCGGUGAUCCCGAUGGUCCAGUCCACCACUGGCUCCCACGUUAUUUGGGUUGAGGACAGUGGUUACCGAUCCAGGCUUCAGCUUUAGAUUCUUAGUGAAUCCUGCUUUGUACUGGCCCUUGUUGAGACAGCAAUCCGAAGUGAGGUGGUAGGCAUAUGCAUACAACAUUUAAGGGGUUGUUGUUUCCUUUGAAAAUAAAAUUAAUCAAGUGGGCCUUCAAAACCUCAGACAAAGAGGGAGGUAAAAACAAACUUCUGUGCUGCUUCUUGCAGCCAACAACAGAGCAACUGCUGUGCCUAGCUCAUAUCUUCGCUAUUUCGAACCAGCGUCAUGAAGAAGGAAAUAGUGUCUGAGUGGAAAUUUUGAGGGGGCAGAACAAACACCUUGGGCAGAGAGGAGUUAUUGCCAUCCAUGACAUCAUAGACGGCGAGAGUUUCAAUCCGCCCGUUUGAGCAGACAUUUUCUGAAAGGUGGAACAAGCAAGAGAGGGAGAGGAUAGAUUUUUCUCAUUUUGGGGGAGUUUGUAGAUGAGCUGAGGAUGUAUAUUAUUGUUAGAAAACAAUUGUUAAGUGAAUUUUGCAUGAUAUGGGACAUGUGGUGAGUUCUGCACAGAAAAAGGGAAACAACACAAACUUUGCCGAUCAGAACAAUCUGAUCUCAGUGCGAUGAGCAGGCACUACACAGGGAGGUACAACAGCUACAUCAGCAAAAGCUGCAAAAAUUAUUUCCACAGAAGAAGACGACAGUCCUUGAAUAGAAUAGGUUUGGGUUUAAUUGUCUUUCAUGAGCAUGUUGAUCAUGUCUUACUUUAUGUUUUCCCUGUUUUUCCACCACUUUCCCCUUCAUGUCUGGACUAAAGCAUGACACGGGAGCAGAUUUUCACUCCUGUCCCAUCCCACUCCCAGAGAAAAAAUCCUGUCCCGUCUCGAUCCCGGACCGGAGGAAAAAAAUUAAUCCUGUCCUGUCCCACUCCCGUAGAAUGACUCCCACUCCCAUCCCGCUCCCACUCAAAAUUACUCCCACUCCUGUCCCGCUUCCGUUUGAAUAAUACCAAACAUGUUGAAAAAAUGUUGCAUUUUUUAUUUUAGGUAAAGGUGCAGUGCAUAUAAAAGGCAUUGCCUUUAAGUUUCACAUGCCUGAUAUUCGGUCGGUGUAAACAAAGUGCUUCACCGACGCAUCCUUAUUUUUAACUUUGUGCUGCAGCUCUCUUUUCGACAUGUCGUCUCCCUCCAUGUUGUUUUGUUAUGUGUGUCGCCGGCAGCCACUCCAAGUCGCUUUUCACUUCCAGUGGUAACAGGAAGUCAAACCACUGUUGUAGUUCUUUUGUGUUGCUAGCACGGUCAAGUGUGUUGGCUCUCACUGAGAGAUGACAACAAAAAUGGACGCAUCUGUUCAUCUGCUUGUUUAACAUGGCUGAAAUUGAUAAUCUAUUAAUGUUGUUCCUGCGUCUGCCCACUCCCGUUGCUUUUUUUCCCGAUCACGGGAUUAAUUAAAGAAUGACUCCAAUCCUGUGGGAUUCCCGUGGGAAUCACGUGACCCACAGGAAUUCCAGAAAAAUGUCAUCAUCUAGUCUAGACACAGCAGGUCCAGUCUCAUCUUUGGUAUACACCCCAUCAGUAGCUCAGCUGGCGUGCAUCCUGUGGUCUGUGGGUUAGGGUGAUAUUUAAACAAGAACCAUGAAAGCUGAGUGCUGAGAGAGCCUCCAGUCAUCCUUUUUUAAGCCCACCUUCACUGUCUGCAUAGCCCUCUCCACCAAGCCUUUCGAGGCUGGAUGGAAAGGGGCUGUCAGAAUGGGUUGGAUGUUAUUCUGGCACAUAAACUAACUGAACAUUUCACUGGUGAAUGUGUGGCUAUUAUCCGUGACCAGUGUGUCAGGCAACCCAUGGACAGCUAACACUUGCCUGAGUUUGUCGAUGGUUGCAGGGACUGUAAUAUUGCUCAUAUUGUAGGCCUCAAUCUACUUGUAUUGUGCAUCCAUCAUUGCAAGAAACAUGUGCCCCCUAGAAGUCCAAAUGUAACCUCGACCAAAGGCAGUCUGGCCACUCCCAUGGGUGCAAAGGAGUAAGCUGAAGCAUGUUCUGAUUGGUCUGACACCGCAUUUUUUCACCUUGGUCUGUAGAUCCUGAUCCAGUCUGGGCUACCAAACAUAGGAUCUCAACAAGCUUUUCAUCCGAGAUACACCUGAAUGAGUCUCAUGUAAUUCAUCCACAAUCUGAAUAUGGCCUUGUGAAGGCGCAAUGCCCCUCGCCUUCUUAGUCUGCAGCCAUCUUGCAGACUAAGCUCUGUUUUGCGUAUAGCAUACAGCCUCAGCUUCUCUCCAUCCACCACUCUGGGCCAGCCUUGUAAAAGGAAACGUUUGACACGGGACAAAACAGGGUCCCUAUCUGUCCAUUGUGUGAUCUGGGAUGCUGUUAUUGGUGUCUCUGCCAGCCUCUCCAUCGAAAACACACAAAGGUAAUGGCAGGUGUUUCAGGCAAAGGCAGGCAGCUUCAGGCAUCAGCAUUAGCAUUAUCUUUACCUGCUUUGUACACCUUGGCAUAUUGGUAGGCUGACAGGGUGAGCGCCCAGCGCUGUAUCCUAGCUGAAGCUAGUGGUGGAAUGCAUCUGGUUUGGCUGAAUAAACUCAUCAGUAGUUCAUGGUCGGCGUGGAUAUUAAAAGCAAGGCAAUAGAGAUACUGAUGAAAGCACUUGACAGCAAAGAUGAUGGACGGCCCUUCUUUGUCGAGUUGUGAUUAACCCUUCUUUGCUGCCGUCAGGGUAUGUGACGCAAAACCAGCAAAACCUCUGAAUUAUCCUCCUUUACAUGCGAAAGGACUGCCCCAGCUCCGUAGGGUGAGGCAUCACAGGACAGGAUUAUCUUCUUAUCUGGGUCAUUGUGAACCAAGAGCGUUGAUGAUUGGAGAAGCUCUUUCACUUCUUUAAAAGCUUCCUCUUGCACUGUACCCCACUGCCACUUAAUGUCAUUGUGAAGAAGCUUGUACAGUGGGGCUAAAACCCAGGAGAGGUCUGGCAGAAAUUUUCCAUAAUAAUUUACCAAGCCCAGAAAAGAUCUGAGCUUGGCGACACACCUAGGGCUUGGGGCCUCUUCAACAACUCUUAUCCUCUUCUAGGCAGAGUCCCUCCGCUGUGAUCCUAUGGCCCAGGUAGGUCACACUCGAUGCCAGGAACACACAUUUGCUUUGCUUAAAUCACAGCCCUGCUUUUUUUUUUCAGCCCUCUUUCGACUCCUUGUCAAGCAGCGGCUGCUGAUAUGCCUGGCUCAUAUCCAACUUGGUGAAGAGCUUAUCCCCGGCCAGAGUUGCGAACAGGUCCUCUAUGCAUGGCAAAUGGUACUCUUCAAGCUUAGAGACUUGAAGAGUACCCUUAUCUCUUAUAGUCCCCACAUACCCGAUGUAAUAAUUUUUUUGUGACUGUGAGCUUAUAGUCUCCAUGUACCCGUGCAGUUUUGUGCUCUUUCAAAACUGGAACAAUGGGUGCUGUCCACCUUGAAAACUGAACAGGCUCAAUAAUGCUCAGCUUCUGCAACCAUUCUAGCUCUUCUUCAACUUUGCCUUUCAUGGUGUACGGCACUGACCUGGGCUUGAAAAAUCUUGAGGUGGCUCCAGGGUUCACAUGAAGCUUUACUGUAACUCCCUUCAGCGUCCCCAGCUCUUCCCUGAACACUUCCUUAUACUGCUGCAGAAUGUUCUCUGUUGUGUAUGCAUAUUUUAUUUCCUGCCAGUUCAGACAGAUCUUGCAAAGCCAAUCACGGCCCAACAGACUGGGGCCCCAGCCCUUAGCAACCACCAGCCUAGCAUUCGCCUUCUGACCCUCUGCUAAAAUGUUCACUUACAGCACGCCCAAUUGAGGAAUGGGCUGGCCUGAACAAGUUUUAAGUUUAAGCUUCUAUCGACAGAGGGGAGGUAGGUUAGACUCCCAUGUCCAUCUGUAGCUCUUUUCACUAAUAACAGAUGCGGUAGCCCCUGAAUAAGUUUCAGACUUAAUGUAUUUCCCUCUGACCUUGAUGGUAGCAUAAUAGGGCUCAGGUGGUUCAUCGUCUGUUUCCACUCCAAACAUGUUAUAAGAACACUCAGCCUCUUCAUCUAGGUGGGAAGUGGCUGCCUGAGACUUAUUGGAUUUUCCCAGCCCAGGCUUCCCCCUCUCCUUAGGCCCUCUACACCUUUUAGCUAAAUUUCCCUUUUCCCAUGCUACAAGCAUGGCAAACAGUGUAGCAUAGUGUUCCCCUCCACACCAGAAACAUUCCACUCGCUUUGCCUGUUUACCAGUGUCUUCCUUCACUUGAGACACUGCUGCUAUCUGUGCCCCUCCGUUUCCUUUCUGGAUAUCCUAAGCAUUAUUGGCAGCCAUCUCCAUACCUUGGGAAAUCUCCAGGGCUUUCUUGAAAGUCAGUGGUGGGGUCUCCCCCAGCAGGCGGCGCUGAAUGGCAUCAUUAUUAAUGCCACACACCAGUCUGUCAUGGAGCAUAACAUUCAACACUGUUCCAAAGUCACAAUGCUCUGACAGCUGUAAUUACUCAGCAACAAAGGUGGAUACAGACUGGCCUUGUUUCCUGACAAUUACUAUAGAACAGGGGUCGGCAACCUGCGGCUCUGGAGCCGCAUGCGGCUCUUUCUUCCCUAAGUUGCGGCUCCCAAUGGAUUUGGAAAAUAAAUAAUAAAUACUAUUUUAUUUUUUAUUUUAUUUUAUUAUUAUUAUUUUUUUUUUUGUAAUUCUAAAUUCAAAGAUUAUAAUGCUCUUGUAACAUUAAAUAAACUAUUAAGGCUGCAACAACGAAUCGAUUAAGUAGAUUCGUCGUGACGAAAAAAUCCGUUGCCAACAAAUUCUGUAAUCGAUUCGUCGGGUCUUUAUAUAUGUCCAUGGACACCGGCGUGUAAACAUCAGCAGGACGCACAGAAAAGAAACAGCCAUGGCCGAGGCAGCGGCUGAGAAAAACAUGGACACAACCCAACCCAAAUCCCGACCUAAAACAUCAGUGGUGUGGGAAAACUUCACCAAGACCGAAAAGGAAGGCGUUCAGUGCAACAUUUGCAAAGACCGUUUUGCAUGGCUCGGGAGUACAUCGAUGAUGCGUGAGCACAGGGCUCUCAAGUCUCAUGCAUUCAGCGUAUGACACACGCAUUCCCACUCGUUCACAUGCUCACACACCACACAUUGUAUUUCUCACGCAUUUAAAUGAACACGGUGAUGUCCAUUUAGUUGCACUUCCUCAACUAUGGAACUGGGGAAAUCAACUGAGUUCCUCUGAGUUCAGAAGCUGCGUGCCACGCACAAGCCAAUCAAAUAAAGUAUAUCUACUGAACAGCCAAUCAAAAAGCAGCAUUGCUGUAUCCGGGUAGAUUUUGAUAUCUUGCGGUUUAACUACAGACGAAGACAGACACUCGCCGAAAUAGUUCAUUUAUUUCAUAAAUGCAACUCGCUACAGUUUUUUAUAUACUUUGUAUAAAGGUAAAAAAAAAAAGAUAUAUGCAAUGUUAUCUUCAUUUUAGAUGUCAAAGAGGUUUUGUGGCUCCCUGUGUUUUCUUUUCUGUGGGAAACUGGUCCAAGUGGCUCUUUGAGUGUUUAAGGUUGCCGACCCCUGCUAUAGAACUUAAAACUCUGGACUAUCACCGAAGGUUUUGGGUUGUGGUGGUUUCCCACAAGUGCAACCAGUUCAUCAUAUGGAAGUUCCCCUGGCUUCCGUGGUGUAGCCAAAUUCCUUGUUAGCUUAUAACUCUUUGCUCCACAUGUACUUAAGAGAACAGAGUGCUUUUUAGCCUUAUCUGUAAUGUCAUUGGCAGCGAAAAAGUGUCCCAACCUUUCCUCGUACUCAAUCAAGUCCUUGUUUCCCUACACAAAUUUACCGACAGUCCUAUAUGUAGCCAUCCUAGCUUGCUGAAGUCCAACCUCAUGUAGCUCCACUGCCACCACUAAAGUCAACACGGCCAAAAAACAGUUCACCUCAUUGCCAAAAAUAUGCAGUGACUUGUGCAAAGAAGAAGGGAAACACCACAAACUUUGCAGAUCCGAACAACCUUUAUCUCAGUGCGAUGAGCAGGCAGUACACAGGGAGGUACAACAGCUACAUCAACAAAAGCUGCAAAAAUUAUUUCCACAGAAGAAGACGACAGUCCUUAAAUAGAGGAAGCUGGCUCUCAUUUAGCUCAGUUACAACACGACCUUUGAAUGAGACUAUACGUGCCACUAGAUAAGGAUGCCUAGGAGUGGGCUACAUGUGUAAGGAAAAGUUUGUUUGCCCCUACGUGUGCAUGGAUGUGAAUCUGAGUUUUUACAGUCCAAAAUGCGACGUCCAAGUUCAGCAGUAUGGGACUAAGAGAGGGGGACAUUUGAACAAUUUCAACUUUGCCCUCACUUCAGAGCAAGUGGAUGGACAUGCAUGAGGAGGCAAAGGUCCUUCGGCUCAUUAGGUGAGAAUAUAUCAUAUCUUAAAUAUGCACUUUAUUUAAGUUGGUGCGUAAUCAGGGUAAUCGCUGUCAUAUUUUGGUUAGAGAUGGAAAAGCACUUCUAAAUGAUUCCUAUUUUACAUAUAUCCUCUGAUUUUUAUGCCUAUAUAUAAAAUCAACUUACCAUGAACAAAUGAAUUCUCCCACAUAUGAUUUGGUAGAGGACGAGGCUUGAGAAAAGGAGUUAAAACUGGUGUGUUUUUUUGCCCUGGGAAUCGAACGAACAAAUCCAGGUCCUAUGACAUGGCGCAUAAUAAGUGGCAUAAAAAGGGUGAUACAUCUAAUUAUUUAUUUAUCUUUUAAUGGUCAGGGCUGAAGUUGAUUAAGAGAUAUGAGUCAAAAAAAAGUAUUUAAAAAAUGUUAAAAAAUGAUUAUUUUAUGAACAAUUAUUUGCAUGCCCAUUUUGGGACAAACAAGGCUGGAUGGAGCUUUAAAUUACAAGGGUAAAGUCUUUUAAGAAUUUUCAGAGGAUGAAAGCGGCCAGUUAUAAUCAACAUUUGUACUGUGCAGAGUUAAAGAAAAAAAAUAAAAAAAAAAUGCUCCAGAGGACCCAGUGUGAACAGAAAGAGGACUGAGGCUACAUCAAAAUUGAACUAGACUAGAAAGAGAACCCGGUCCUCUUUGAAAGAAACUCACAAUGUGAACACAAAAAGAACUGAGUUCCUUUACUUUUGGUCAACUUUUUGGUCCAGUUAAAGAGGACUGAGUUUGGACAAAGUGUGAAAACACCCUCAGAGACAGAAUCAGUGACAGAAAGCCCCAAAGACAAAAAGACAAAGAAAGAAAUUCUCAAAGAUACAAAAACACUGACUCUGAGACACAAGGAUACAAAGACAUAAAAACACAGACUCAGACACAGAUACAAAGACAGACUCAGAGACACAAAGUCAAGGACUCAGGGACAGAAUCAGCGACAAAAAGAUAUAAACAAAGACUCAAAGAUACAAUGAAACAAAGACACAGAGACUUGGGUGGCUUACAUAUUGAAGUAUGUUGACAGUGGAAAGUACACAGACAUGCAAUGCAGUAUAAGAACUGACAAAUACUGCACUAAUGUGUAUCAAUCAUGUCAAAGUUUAACCACUGAAAUGUAGGAAUGUGUAUUUAAAUUACCAUUGAACUGAUAAGGAGUAAUUGUCCUGGUUUGCUGUUGGAGUUUGUUUUCAAUUAUUUGCAUAUUAAACUUUUGACUUAUUAUUUCAGUCCGCUGAUUAUUUCCUGCUUUCAUUGACAGUUUGUUUGUCAUAAAUACAAGAAAUAUACCUCCACAAUGACAUACAGCAUCUCCAUCAAAAUAAAACACCUCAAACCUUCCUGUUUUAGACACACAUCCAGGUCAUAAAAAAAAAUUAAACUGGUCAGAGUAGCUGAAAACUUUGAAUUAUUCAAGAGAAUAAAUGAUUUAAAACUCCACUGGAUUGUCUGUCUACUGUUUGUAUUUAUCUUUAUAGAAUUUAUUGAAUUUUAUUGAAUUUUAUUGAAUUUCCCUUCGGGGAUCAAUAAAGUUCUUUUUCUUCUUCUUAUAGAUUCAAAAUAAAUUAAAAGUCCCAAACUAACAAAAACAAGUUCUCAUCCUCUCUGAAGCACUUAAAUUGUCCUUUUAAUUGAAUGCAAAUUGAAAUAAAUCAGAAAGAGAUACUUGGGGAAAAAUCCACACAAUGGAAAAAAAAAUUAAGAAUGUGAUUGAUCAAUAAAACUGGUAUACCAGAAAAAAGUAACCCCCCCAAAAAAUACGAUCUCACCAAGAGUCCCUAUAUAAUCCACCUUAUAAGAGAUGGUAUCCAGGCAGUACUACCUAAGUAGUUACAGCUACCCUGAUGGAAGCAGACUGACGGAAAUGUGGCUGCCAGUUUAUGCCUACAGACUCUCCAACCACCACACAACACUCACAAUCAUACACCAGUGGAGGACACACACUGGGAGCAAGGUGCGUUAAGUGUCUUGCCCAAGGACACAAUGGACAGUCUCAGGAUAGGGAGGAAUCGAUUCCGACCUGAUUGAUUGGCCUCUCCAACCACCACGAAACAUCAAUCACAACCAUACACCAGUGGAGGACACACACUGGAACCAAGGUGGGUUAAGUGUCUUGCCCACGGACACAACGGAUAGACUCGGGAUAGGGGGGAAUCAAACUGCCAACCUUGAAAUUAUUGGACCACCGCUCUUCCUCCUGAGCUACUGCCGCCCACAAAGUUGUAUAACUCAACACAACACAAGUACAGAACAAGCAAACUAUUAAGUUUAACUCAACAUAAAUUACAAAUGCAAACAUUUUUAUAAAACAAACUCAAACACGUUUCUUACCUCAUGUGUUAAAGCUGACAAUAUUUCCCUCUUUGCCAAACAACAAAAAUAAAUCAUUGUGUGACUGAACUGUAAAUUUCAUCUAAAAAUAGAUAAACUCCAGCACAGUGUUUCUCUCAAAAUACAGAAGAAUUUAUUUAUUUUUUUCUGUUUUUUUUUUUCAUUCUGUAGUAAAAAUGAAAAAAUGUAACCCAAACAGGAUUAAAGCAGAGGUGAAGUGCAGUAAAAACUAUGACAUCAAUUGUUUAAAACACUGUAAGCUGAACAUUGCCAUUUAAAAAAAAAAAAAAAAAAAAGAACAUUGCCAUUUUAACCCAUUUAAUCCCACCGGUCACAAUAGUGACCGUAAAAAAAUGUUUAAUUUCUAAGGCUAUAAAAAUGUUAUUGAAUGAUAUAUCAAUGCAUUUCCAGCAGAUAUUGAAUUGAUAAAGGGUGUUAAUGAAAUAUGUGCAAUGUCACAUGUUUACUGUAAAUUGUCACAUGACCAGAGCUGUUUACUUCCUGUUUGCGCCAAGAGAAGAGGAUGGCAGCAAGAAAGCUCCCAAAGAAAAGGCUAGUAAAGUAUGUAAACAUAAAGAUAGAACAUAGAUUUUUGGUACACAUCAUGUUUAAGGUGUCUAGUAUUGAUAUAUGCAUUUGCAAUUACUCAAAUUUGCUUAAUGUGGUCAUAGAACUCACAAACAUGUCACUGGCAACAAUAGUGACCAGUGGGAUAACCUAUUGUAUUGACAUGUUAAUACGCAUAGGCUAACUGGUCUACCUUACUUUCUGCUGCUACCUAACUUUCUACCUAAUUUUACACACAGACAGAAAGACACACACACACACACACACACACAAGUGGUUGCAUACAGUUACAAACAAACAGUACUUUGCAGGAAAAGAUGUUAUUUUUUAGUCAUUCAAAGCAUUACUUUGCUCUUUGUUCUACAACCUAUUUUUUUUUUUUUUCAGUCAGUCAGUGUAGGCCUAUACUUGAAAGCAUGUUCAGCCGAUUACUUCUAUCCUAAGGGCUCUAUUUUUGUGUCUGCUGGCGACGCGGUGGAGGACCCUGCGCAGUGGUAUUUUCGUCUGGCGUCCGACGUACAGCCAGAUUGGUAUUUUCAUGGACUGACAUUACGCACACAAAAUCCAUCUGUGCUUAUAUGAGACAGUGUGCAGGACGCCCUCUGCAGAGCUUACAGCGACACUUGCUGAGGGGCUGCCUUCUGUCGCCACCGUGUGACAUUGCUGUCUUCAGACAUCUCUUGAUCUCUUUGACUAAUUGUAAUACGCCUCGCCGGUGGCGGAUUUAAAGGCGAGGAGAGGAGCUGAUGUUAUUGGUCAAUACAGGUCUCGGCUGUGUUAAACCCAUUGCAUGCCCUCCCUACGACUUAUGCCACUGGGAGGAGCUGAGUUAGGGAGGGGGGAUACUUACGCCAGGCUGCGCCGCUCACCAAAAUACCAAAUUGUGCAUGGGAAUGCCUUGUUGGCGCGGCAGACCUGACUUAAGCCGUGCCUGCGCCAUGUUGCCGGCGAGGCACGAAAAUAGAGCCCUAAAUGUUUACCUUCAUGUUCAGUGUGUUCAAUGUAUACUGCACUAAAAAUGAACGUUUUCAAAUGAAGGUUGCACUAAAAUAAGUUGUACCAAAGUUACAAUGUUGAGAUACAUUGAUGAUUGUUGCUGUUUUUUGUCUUAACCUCAAUAUUCAUAACAGUGCUCCCAGUAUUCAUAUUGCUAAUCGAUAGUAUAAGUCUUAUAUGUAAAAUAUUCACACUACAAUGAGAGAGCAUUUAGAGGCAAUGCUAGAACUUAUGAAAGUGAUUAUAACUAGCCUUUGAUAUAAGGUGCACACACACACACACACACACACACAAACACACACACAGCACAGCACAGGUCAUACAGACCUACACUGUGUGCACAAUUAUUAGGCAAGUUGUAUUUUUGAGGAUAAAUUUUAUUUUUGAACAACUGCAGAGCUCUCGGUCAAUCCAAAAUGUUAAUAAACCUCAAACCUGAAUAUUUAAGGGAGAAAGAGUGAGAUUAUGGCUUCCUUAGGAUGCCAAAAUAUAUGUGCACAAUUAUUGGACAACAAUUAGUGUGCAGAAUUAUUAUGCAACUAAAUUAAAAAUGAAAAAUUUUCCCAUCUCACUUGUUUAUUAUCACUUUAACAAGUGAGAAUAAUAAACAAACAACUCAAAAUUUACAAAUAAAAUUUUUUGCCAUUUAACAAAAAAUCAGUGACCAAUAUAGCCACCCUUCUUUUCAAUAACAGUCAUAAGCCUUCCAUUCAUGGAGUCUUUCAGUUUCUUGAUCUGUUGACGAUCAACUUUUUGUGUCGUAGCAACCAAAGCCUUCCAGACACUGUUCAGAGAGGUGUACUGUUUUCCUUCACUGUAAAUCUCCCAUUUAAGAAGGGCUCACAAGUUCUCAAUAGGGUUUAGGACAGGUGAAGAAGGAGGCCACGUCAUUAUUCUUUCAUUUACAAGGCCUUUACUGGCGAGCUACAUAGUGGAGUACUUCGUUGCAUGUAAUGGAGCAUUGUCCUGCAUAAAAAUCAUGUUUUUCUUGAAAGAUGCAGACUUUUUCCUAUACCAUUGCUUAAAGAAAGUGUCUUCUAAAAACUGGCAGUAGGUUUGGGAGUUGAUUUUAAGUCCAUCUUCAACCCGAAAAGGUCCAGCUAGCUCAUCUUUAAUAAUACCAGCCCAUACCAGUACCCCCCCUCCACCUUGCUGGCGUCUGAUUCGAAGUGGAGCUCUGUGCCCAUUACUGAUCCAGCCACGGGCCCAUCCAUCUGGUCCGUCAAGAGUCACUCUCAUCCCAUCAGUCCAUAAAACCUUUGAAAAAUCUCUCUUCAGAUAUUUCUUGGCACAGUCUUGACAUUUCAACUUGUGAGUCUUGUACAGUGGUGGUCGGAUUUCAGCUUUCCUUACUUUGGCCAUGUCUCUGAGCACUGAACACCUUGUACUUCUGGGCAUUCCAGGUAGGUUGCAGUUCUGGAAUAUGACAGCACCGGAGGAUAAGCGGUUCCUGGUAGCUUCACGUCUGAGUCUCCUCAAAUCUUUGGCAGUUAAUUGCGUCUUUUUUUCUUAACACGUUCUUGCGACCCUGCUGACUAUUUGCAUCAAAAUGUUUGAUGGUUCUGUGAUCAUGCCCAGAUAUCUAAGCAAUUUCAAGAGUGCUGCAUCCCUGUGAAAGACUUUUUACAAUUUUUGACUUUUCAGAGUCACUUAAAUCUCUUUUUUGGCCCAUUUUACCUGAGGAAAAGAAGCUGCCUAAUAAUUAUGCACACCUUGAUAUAGGGUGUUGAUCUCCUUGGACCCCAGCCUCCCUCAUUAUACUAAUACACAUUACCUGAUAUGCUUAUAUCCAAUAAACAUUCAAGUUUAUACAGCUUGGAGUUGGAAAAUAUGCAUAAAAAAUGAUGAUAUGAUCAAAAUACUCACUUGCCUAAUAAUUGUGCACACAGUGUAUAUUCAGUCUGUCCAAUGGUUGAUACAACACAGUAUCCCACUGGUCACAAUUGUGACUGAUCAUAAAACACACUUUUUCACACACUUUUCCAUGAAAAUUCUAAAAAUUAUGAUUGAUUAUUUCAAAUGGAUACUAAUGACACAUGAUUUGGAUAUUUUUGUGUCUGGGAAAGAUGGCGCCAGUGUGUGUGGCCUGCCGUCUCUCGCUGUCAGCGCUGUUCGUGUUUGUGCUGUUUGUGUCUAUCAUUAUCAGUAAUGUCAGCUCACUGUAUGUGUAUGACCACCAAACACUGCUGGAUCUUCGCCCCUCUGCCAAGGAUUGGGUGAAAUUAGAUCCUGAUCACUGUGGUCAUAUGACGUUUAAGCCGUUUCACCUCUCCGGGAUACCUGCUCACCUUCACUGCACUUUCGCUCCAUUUCCAAUGCCGGCGCCACCGUGGCAAACGCAGCGGCCAGCUGGUGAGAGUUAAAGCUCUCUUGGCUCGAUCUUCCGCGGUUUCCCUGAGGAGAAAUGGAGUGGGAUCUGGUCUCUUUCCUCAUCUGCGAUCGCUGCACCCUGUCGACUCCUGGCUGGUACCUGUCGUCAGUUCGGAUGGGAUGGUCCCUGCGGCCCCUGCUCUCCUCGUCCCCGCCGGCAUGGGGUGAAUCCCCGCCAUCUACGGGCCCUGUGUCGGGCUCCACGAUCAGCUGAUGCCUCGGAUGUGCCGAUCUCUGCCAGGUUCGGCCUUGUCAAUGCCAGAUCACUGGCAAACAAAACUUUUAUCCUGAAGGAUUUCUUCAUGUCCUGUGGAUUGGAUUUUCUCUGUGUGACGGAGACAUGGCUGAGUACCGGUGAGUCCAGUCCUCUUAUUGAACUCUGCCCGCCGUAUUGCUGCUAUUUUAAUUCCCCGCGGUCGUCUGGUCGAAAAGGAGGUGGAAUAGCAGUUAUUUUUAAAAGCGACUUUAAAUGCCGGCAGAUCUGCCUGCAAUUCUCAUUCACAAGCUUUGAAAUGUGCUUGUUUGAACUGGGCUGCUCUCAUGUUGUCCUGUGCCCCGUCAUCUAUUGACCACCCAAGUACAAUAAGGAUUUUAUAAGUGACUUUUCUGAAUUUCUGGCCGAAAUUCUGCCGAAAUACGACCGUGUCCUUAUUGUUGGUGAUUUUAAUAUUCACACUUGUUGCCCUGAAGAGCCGGUCUCCAGGAGCUUUUUAAAUCUCAUUGACUCUUUCAACUUCGUGCAGUCUGUGUCCGGUUCUACACAUAAUCUCGGACACAGACUGGACUUGGUGCUCUCGCAUGGUCUGUGUGUUUCUAACCUUGUCAUUUGUGACGCUGUUUUCUCGGAUCAUAUGCCAAUUUUAUUUGACAUCCCCACUUAGUGUCCGGUUAAAUUGCGCGCUCCACCUAAACCGCGUCGCAUGUUUAACUCUUCCUCGCCUGCUCUGUUCUCAUCUACCUUCGUUGGUCUCUGUGAGGAUGACUCUGCAGCCCCUGUGUGUGUGGAUACUGAGGAACUGGUAUUGAGAUUUCACUCCACCUGUCUACAAGCACUGGACACGGUCGCUCCUCUGAAGACCCGGCGCACCAAACCUACGCCCGAACCCUGGUUGAACGACGUCACUCGUGCAGCCAGGCGUGAGUGCAGGAGGGCGGAGCGCAGGUGGAAAAAGGACAGACUGCAUGUGUCUCUUGGCAUCUUUAAAGAUAGUCUGUGGAAUUAUCAGAAGAUUGUGAAAGCUGAGAAGAAUAAAUAUUUCUCUGAAUUAAUUGCUUUUAACUGUAACAACCCCAGAGCUCUGUUCAAAACCAUAAACACUGUCCUUGAGGCUCCCAAGUCUCUUGGUUUUGAUGCCUCCACUGAAAUCUGUGAAAAAUUCCUCCACUUCUUCACUGAUAAAAUUAUGUCAACCAGAGCCUGUAUCUCUCAACCAUCGUAUGACGCUUCAGCCCCUCUGCACCCCUCAUCUGUCUUUUCUAAAUUUGUAUCUGUGUCCCUCUCUAUUUUAAAGGACAUAGUCGGCCAUAUGAACCCUUCUGGUUCCCCUGCUGAUGCCAUCCCCCCUCGCUUGUUUAAAGAGGUACUUGCUACUAUUGGACCAAGUGUCCUUAAUAUUGUAAAUUGUAGCCUCUCAUCUGGUACAGUACCUAGGGAUUUUAAGCAUGCUGUAGUACGACCUCUACUCAAAAAAACUGGCCUCGACCCAUCCCUCUGUGCCAGUUUCAGGCCCAUCUCAAAUCUUCCAUAUCUGUCCAAGAUUCUAGAGAAGGUGGUCUACAACCAGUUGUUACCAUUCUUGGAAGACAAUGGUAUCACAGAGUUGUUCCAGUCUGGUUUUAAAGCUCUCCACAGCACAGAGUCAGCACUUUUAAAUGUGUCAAACGAUAUGUCAUGUCAACAGACUCUGGAAAGUUUGUUGUCCUUGUGCUCCUGGAUCUGUCUGCUGCAUUUGACACUGUCGACCACAGCAUUUAAUCUCUCGCCUGGGGCACUGUGUGGGCAUUAAGAGUGUCGCCCUGGACUGGUUCCGGUCUUAUUUAACGGACAGUUUCUGCGUUCAAAUUGACAACUCUGCAUCGUCAACAGCUCCUCUUCCACAUGGGGUCCCUCAGGGCUCAAUCCUCGGCCCUCUUUUAUUUGCCUUUUAUCUACUCCCCCUUGGUUCUGUUUUUAGGAAACAUGACAUAUCCUUACAUUUUUAUGCUGAUGAUUGUCAGAUCUACCUUCCACUAGCACAGAACAACUCCAACUCAGUCCAACAACUUACUGACUGCCUUAAGGACAUUAAAGCCUGGCUUUCUUUUAACUUCCUCAGUCUUAAUGAGAACAAGACUGAAGUAAUGUUGUUUGGACCAAGUGGCGGCCACCCCCCCAACAUCGACCUAGGCUCCCUCUCACCCUACCUAAAAGAGGUCGUCACUAAUCUGGGAGUUAAAUUUGACCCUGAUUUUAAAUUUGAGAAGCAGAUCAGCGGGGUGGUACAAAAAAGUUUUUAUCAGCUACGUCAAAUAGCGAAGGUGAAGCCCAUUUUAUCAAGACCUGACCUGGAAAAAUAAAUCCAUGCUUUUAUCACUACCCGUCUCAAUUACUGCAACUCCUUGUACGUAGGGAUUAGCCAGGCUUCCCUUGCCCGCCUGCAGCUUGUGCAGAACUCUGCUGCACGUCUCCUGACCCAGACCCGCAGGCGUGAGCACAUCACCCCCAUCCUGGCGUCCUUACACUGGCUCCCUGUUCAGUACAGAAUUCAUUUUGAGCUUUUAACAUUUGUUUUGAAGGGCCUGAACAACCUUGCUCCACCCUAUAUUUCGGAGAUGCUCCAGUCUUAUUGCCCACCCCGACCCCUAAGAUCAGCUGAUCAGCUUUUACUGACGGUCCCCAGUACAAGGCUGAAGCUCAGAGGGGACAGAGCGUUUGCUGCUGCUGCCCCUAAGCUCUGGAAUGAGUUGCCCUUGAAAAUCAGACAGGCCUCCUCAUUUCCUGUUUCUAAAUCCCUUUUAAAAACACACUUUUACUCAUUGGCUUUUAGUACAUUGUAGUGUUAAUUUGUUUUUUAUCAUCUUAGCACUUGCUGUGAGCCUCCUUAUUUAUACACUUAUUUAUUCUUUUGCAUUACUGUAUUUCUGCUUGCUUUAUCUUGUUCUUUGAUUGUUUUAUUUGUUUUUAUGUGUCAUUGUACAGCACUUUGGCUACCCUUGUGGUUCUUUUAAAUGUGCUAUAGAAAUAAAGUUGAUUGAUUGAUCGAUUGAUUGGGAAAAAUUUUGGAUUGUCCAACACCACAAUGAGACGCUGUUUUGUGCAUGCAAACUCAACAAUUGACAAUGUUAUUGUCAGUGGGAAAACUUGAACAUCCUACUCAAGUUCAUUAACUUAGGUUUCAGCUGCCUCUUCAUUCAGGACUGCCACCAGAGCCACUGUGGCUUUUGUUGCCACCAUCUCGUCCUAAAAAUAAACGACAUGUUAAAUAUGACCAGAAUUGAUGAUAAAAAAUAAACACCAUGCAAGUAAGCAUUAUCAAAAGAUUAAGUUAAAAUUAUGGUCAAAAGGGUAGUCUUUGAGAUGGUAAGUCAAAAUCAGAUCGACAACACCCCCGGACAUUACACCAGUUUUUUUGGCAUCUGCUGCUGAACUGGUCCACUUUCUGGCCAAAAGAGUGAGACGCCGGCGAAGGGGAAAGUGAGCUGGGGUGCUUGUGCGUCUCAGACAGCGAGGCACGCGUACGCCCCUACCUGGGAUUUUCCUCUCCAACGUCCGCUCACUCAGCAACUAGAUGGAUGAGCUGGCACUGCUGAUGAAGAAGAAUAGAGACUCCUUGUGUUCUGUGCUUCACGGAGACGUGACUAAAUGCACAGACACCGGACUGCGCCAUACAACUGGAGGGUUUUCAGCUCCUCCGCGCAGACAGAGAUCGUGUACUCACUGGUGGGAAAACAAAAGGUGGAGGAGUCUGCUUCUACAUCAACAACGCCUGGUGCUCUGAUGUGACAAUGAUCUCCCAACACUGUUCUCCUUCUCUGGAAUAUCUCUUCAUAAACUGCAAACCAUUCUACUCUCCACGCGAGUUUGUCUCAUUCAUACUCUGCUCUGUUUAAAUUCCACCGAGUGCGGAUGUGCACGAGGCCGAGUGCGCGCUCGCGGAGCAGGUUAUGAGCGUAGAGAGGAACUUUCCGGACUCCUUAAUCAUAAUCCUCUGUGAUUUUAACAAAGGAAAUCUCAGUCAGGAACUACCAAAAUACAAACAGUUUGUAACAUGCCCGACCAGAGGCACACAUUAGUCACUGUUACACUACAGUGAGUGGUGCCUAUCGCGCUGUGGCUCGCGCAGCUUUGGGACUCUCAUAUCACGCCAUGGUUCACCUGAUCCCUGCAUACAGACAGAGACUAAAACUCUGUAAACCUGUAGUGAGGACAUCAAAAGUGUGGACCAGUGAAGCUGUGGAGGAGCUACGCACGUACUUGGACACCCCGGACUGGGAUAUGUUUAAGGCUUCUACAGAAAGUCUAGACGAUUACACAGACACUGUGACAUUGUAUAUUCAUUUCUGUGAAGACAGCAUCAUCCCACAGCGUACCAGGGUGAAAUACAACAACGAAAAGCCCUGGUUUACAUCAAAACUCCGACAGCUCCGACAGAGACCACUACAAAUGUGCCAAGUACAGUUUUAGUAAGGAGGUGGCAAAGGCUAAAGCUAGGUACAACGCACGUCUGGAGCAAAGAUUCUCUGCCAAUGACCCUGCCUCGGUGUGGAGGGCGUUGAAAGAGAUCACCAACUACAAGCCCAAAGCACCUCAUUCAACUGACGACCUAAAACUAGCCAUUGACCUGAACAACUUCUAUUCACGCUUCGAAGUCAUGGACUCACAUCCCCUCACCCCCCACACAACUGGAAAUCCAACCACUCUGGACCUCCCCCCGCUGCCCUCUCGGUCCAUGAAGAGGAAGUAAACAGACUUUUUAAGCGGCUUAGUCCACACAAGGCAGCUGGCCCGGACUGUGUGUCUCCUGCCACUCCGAGACACUGUGCUGAUGAGCUAGCUCCAGUCUUCACAGGGAUUUUCAACACCUCCCUGGAGUCAUGCCAUGUUCCAGCCUGUUUCAAGUCCUUCAUCAUUGUUCCCGUCCCCAAAAAACCUCACGUAACUUGACUUAAUGACUACAGGCCGGUGACUCUUAUGUCUGUAGUCAUGAAGACCUUUGAACGCCUGGUUUUAUCCCACCUGAAGUCCAUCACCGACCCCCUCCUGGACCCUCUGCAGUUUGCCUACAGAGCCAACAGGUCUGUAGACGACGCCAUAAACCUGGCCCUGCAUUUCAUCCUGCAGCACCUGGACUCCCCAGGAUCCUACGCUAUGGAUCCUGUUUGUGUAAUUCAGCUCUGCAUUCAACACCAUCCUUCCGGCUUUGCUCCAGAACAAGCUUUCCCUGCUCCAUGUGCCUGACUCCACCUACAGGUGGAUCACAGACUUCCUAACAGACCAGAGUCAGUAUGUGCGGCUGGGGAAGAAUGUUUCUUCCACCAUGGGUAGCUAGCCAAUGGCAGCCCCAUUGGGGUCUAUUGCCUCCAGUCAGCUGUCUUUCCAAGUGGUCACACAGUCUUUCCUGUGUCGUCAGCUGUCCUUUCACAGCAGUCACUGGACAAAGCCAGAUAAUCAGAAUCAUAAAACACGGGAUGUUAAGCAGUCCAUUGUGCCAGUAGAUGGUAUACAUGAGAGAAAGAGAGAGAGGGUAUCAUGAAAAAUUGCCGGACUAGAUUUGAAUUUUGGGACUCAUCAUCAGUAGUAUGCCUUUGAUUCAUGGGGUGUUUCGGCCUUUAAAUACUAGACACCCUCCUCAAGGUGGCCAGCUGUAGGUUGAUCAAGCCUGAGCUUGUGUCCCACGCCCAAUUAUUGCACUUGUGGCAAAAUGGAGGGUUCAGAAAUUAAAUGUUUGUUACCGACAGUGGCAAUUGCUUUAAGACUGCAAGGGAAGCUCAGCUUCCCUUAAAAUGUCACCCCCCCCCAAAAAAAAGAAAAAGUGGUGAAAUACGUACUGCUGUGUGUACAUUUCAUUAACUAAAUACGCGUUAGAAAGCCUUCAUCUUUUGUUCAGAAACAGCUUCUUAUCACAGUGUGAUAAGAAGCUUCUUAUCACAGUGUGAUAAGAGGCUUCUGAUAAUCACAGGUAACCGGCACAACUUCGUUCUCAUUCAUCCUCGCAGCGCCUCAGCGCUUCACACAGUCGGACGCUCAGCGUCUGCUGACUUCAAUGUGGAAGCUCAAAGUGGGUUGUUCCAGCAGCGAAACCAGACGCUCAUCAGAUAAAUGCUGGGCUUUGUCCUGCCCAUCGGACGCUCAGCGUCUCUGGAGUUGUAUGAUGAGAGGGCGGUCCCAACUUUCGACGCUGAGCUUCUGCAUCCAUGAUUGGAUGAGCUGUCUGAGGCGAAAUCCUUUUUUGAUUGACAACUAAACAAGUGAAUCAGCGAUCUUGAAGAAUAAAACAUCUACCAGAGCAUUUUCCAAGCUAUUCAUUCCGUUGUUCUUAACUGCUCCGGAGACUUUACCGAUCCUCAGCGACUUUUGUCUUUGUUUAAAACGACUGCCGUUGUGUUUGGCGACUCUGUUCUGUUACAUACAAAUAAAAAAACACAAUUAUGAUGUAGGCCCGAAAAAUGAGCUUCCCCUCCUUGAAAGACCAGCAGUCGCCACUGGUUACUGAGCAACGCCACCUGGGGAGUUUCACCCCAGGAAAUACACCAGACCCUUGCACUGAAGGUCACACAGAUCUGUUACACCACAAAAAUAGGGAGGGCGAGAGACAGACUUCCAAAAAGAUUAAAACAAUUUUAUUUAUUUCAACUUUCGUUUUUAAAAGAGCACAGAUAUGAGUAAUAAUCCUCGGAGUGCCAAUAGACAAUAAAUGCAGUAAAUAAACAAAAAAAAAAAAAAAAAAAAAACGGGUACCAGGAAACUUGGUAGCAAACAGACUAAAAUAAAAAGGAAAAUUCAAAACCAAAGAAAACCACUGCAAACCAAGGAAAAUCACUACAAACCAAAGAAAAUCCUACAAACCAAACCACCUCGUGCCACGGCAACAAAAGUGAGUGAAGGGGGAGGCUACCACCGGGGAAGUCUGUCGCCAGCUCCUGAAAAAGAAAGAAGAAAAUCAAUACUCCAGUUGGUCACUCCAAAAAGCAAUUUGUAAUACUGUUAAAAAAUGGAUUAAAUGACCUAUUCUAAAAACAUACACAUAUUAAUAUGUGAAGUAUUAAUAUGAAAAAAAACAAACAAACAAACAAAAAAAAACAACGAAACAUGAACCUCAGCUGUGGGCGGCACCCGGGGUAGGGACAAAGCCCAACAGCUGAUAAAUUUAAGGAAACUAAAUGAAAGAAAAUGUUUCAAAAAAAAGAAAAAAAAACGUCCUUUAGGAUGCCCAGCUGGCGACCAACGUAGUGGGCAGAAGUGGAGCCUCACACAGAGCGCUGAGGAGAGGAGAGCCACAGAGGAGAGCCACAAUCUGUGGCUUCAGCAGCUACAGAGAAGGGCAAGUUACCAUGCAGCCAAUAAACAACUAAAAAAAACACAACCAAACAGCCAGCCUACCAGAGCAAAGUAAGCUUUACGCUCAGGCCAAACCAGUCACCGUAUUUUAGAUGAUGAUGAUGAUGGAGAGCCAACACCACACUUGAAGCACCUCUUGUACAUCCACACCAGCAGCAGACAACGCUGUGAAUGAAACAUCACGGCUGCUGUCACACCAAGAUACCCAAUUAACACAGUCCAAGCAUGAAAACUCAUGCUUACCUUUAUGUCCCACAAAUGAUCGAACCAACUGACCAGCAGACGGCAACACAGCCUGUCGGGUGAACGUCGAGGAACAAUGGGUUGAAUGGGAGGACAGGACUUAUAAAGAUCCCGCCCCGCAAUCAGGCCAGGCACCGCUGAAAAUUAGAUGCAGCUGAUGCCACUUAAGUGGAGGUACAGCAGCAACCUGCCACAUUCCACCCCCACCUUUUGUGUCAGCACCCCAAUGACAAGCUACGAGCCAACAUACACCAGAACAAGACCAAGGCCUAAACAGGACAGACUAAACAUUCGCCACAGGCCGUGCCGGGCCGCCUGAUGCCGAUGGGCUGAGGCAGACGGUGAACAUUAGAAUGUUGACCGGCGGUGGAACGACCAGUUCAAUGCAAAGUCGGCUGAGAGGGGCUGGGCUGACCACUAGGGAGAGCAGCCACCCCAUGGGAACUCUCUUGUUCUACACUCGGGCUUGGAUUUGGCUGGGCCUGUACUGCGGUCAUCCCAGCAGGACCGGCGGAGGGGGGGAGAGCUGGUGCCAAAGUGGCAGCGGGUGCCGAAGUAUCACGGGCCAACAGCCAUAACUCGCCAUCUUCAGGGGAGUCAGAGAAACCUACAGGCUCUGCUGGAGCGGGUGGAGACAGAGCUCUCGGAGGGUGAGCAACAGAAACAACCUGGGCUUUCAACAGGUCUCGGUGCACCUGCUGUGCCUUAUGCAGCUCUGCUUCAGGGGCGAUGGUGUAAACUGUGCCGUCGCCUGCGGGGCUCUCAGCACCUGGAAGACCACAGAGUUCCAUUUGUCGUGGAGCUUGUGUCGACCUUGAACACCAAGAUCUCGAAGGUAGACCCACUGGCCGACCUGAAGAGGGGCCUCCCGAACAUGCUGAUCAUGCCGUUCCUUCCGUCGACCUGCAGCCGUCAACAACCUCUCACGAGCAUUCUCAAAUGCCACCUUGAGCCUGGCCUUAUGCUCAGUCAACCAGUCCUGUACUCCCCCUGGCUCAGGGUCCCGAACCCGGCCCAAGAGAAAAUCCACAGGAAGCCUGGGCUCCUGACCAAACAUAAGAAAUAAAGGAGAUUCCCCUGUGCCCUGAUGCGGUGCUGUGUUGUAACAAAACAAAACCUGAGGGAGACAAGAAACCCAAUCCCGUUUCCGGGAUUUUGGCAAUGUCCGCAGUAGGUCAUGGAGGGUUCUAUUGAAUCGCUCACACUGCCCAUUGUUGGCCGGGUGGUAAGGAGUGGUCUGGGAUUUUUCCACCUCGUACAGGCAACAGAGCUGGUGAAUCAAGGAGCUCUCAAAACUCCGACCUUAGUCAGAAUGUAUACGGCUCGGCACACCAAACCGGAAAAACCAUUCAGUCAGCAGAACCCGAGCCACGGUGGCUGCCUGCUGAUCCGGGGUAGGGACCGCCACCAUAUACUUACUGAACACAUCAGUCAUUACCAAAACGUUCUCCAACCCAUUAUGGGAGGGCUCCAACAAUGUGAAAUCAAUAGCGACAAUCUCAUUUGGACAGGACGCUGGCAAAUAGCCCAUGAAACUGCGGGGCACGGAUCCUGAGUCUUUUGCAACCUGGCAACAUUCGCAUGCCUGGACCCAUCUCUUGAUGUCGGCAGACAUCCCAGGCCAGUAACAGUGCUGCCGCACUAGCUCAGUGGUGCGCUCGAUGCCCUGGUGUCCAUGAUCCUGAUGCAACUGGGUCAGGACCUCCUCUUUCAGGACAGCAGGUAAGACAAGCUGGAGGUACUCCUCUCCCCCGCCCGAACGGACAGUCUGGCGGUACAACACACCCUCCUGCUCGACCAAAUGGUCCCAAUGUUUCAGCAGCGUCAACGAAGAAGUGGGAGGCUGUUGCCUCUCCUCGUAAGUAGGUUUAGCAUGCCUCCUCCAAAAGGGCAGGAAAUGGUCAUGCAGAAGGGUAUCUGCCUCCUGCAAGGAGCAGAGGUCCGAGGGAGAAUGUCCCCGAAAAACAGACACCAGUGACUGGACUGCAGGCACCUCUGGGACUGGGCCUGAUGCUUGCUGAACAAGCAGUGGGACCGAAGUGCUAGACACAUGUGCGACACACGUUUAGCCAGGCUGGACCCUGACAAAUACUGCCGGGAGAGAGCAUCGGCAUUCUUAUUGCUGCGCCCGGAGUGGUACCUGAUUUCAAAAUCAAAAGCAGCUAGUUGGGAUGCCCACCGCUGCUCUGUGGCCCUUAACUUGGCAGAGUUAAGGUAACUCAACGGGUUGUUGUCUGUGAAGACUACACAUUUGUGCCCCAACAGAUACUCCUGAAACUUCUCUCCCAUUGCCCACUUAAGCGCAAGAAAAUCCAGCUUCAUUGAACUGUAGUUGUCCAUAUUGCGCUCCGUGGGUCGAAGGCCUCUGCUGGCAUAUGCUACCGGCCGAACACCAUCAUCGGUCUCCUUGGAAAGGACAGCCCCCAGACCACUGUGACUUGCAUCCGCCUCCAAGAUGAGUGGGCGUGAAAAGUCUGCAUAGGCCAACACUGGGGCCGAAACCAACUUAGCCUUUAAGGCCUCAAAGCUUUGCUCGCACUGGGGUGUCCAUGCUGAACUCAGCUCCUGCCCAGAGCCUCGCUUGGACCAUGAACCUGCGAGUUCUGCCACCAGCUUAUGUAGGGGACCCGCCAGCCAAGCAAACCCCUCAACAAACCACCUGUAAUAGCUGGCGAACCCCAGAAACGAACGCAGCUCUGACACGUGGCAGGGACGCUGCCAUUUCUCCACUGCCUCAAUCUUGGUAGGGUCCGUGGACAGUUCUUGACGGGAGAUGAUAUGCCCCAGAUAACUGACCUCCUUCUAGAAAAAGGCACACUUCUCCAGUUUGACCUUCAAGCCUUCCCUCUGCAGCCGACUCAAAACCACCUCCAGUCGCUGUAGGUGCUGGGAGACUGAAGACGAAAACACAAUGAUAUCAUCCAAAUACAAAAGUAAGGACUGACACUGUUGAUCCCCAAACAUCCUCUACAUAAGCCUUUGAAAGGUGCUUGGAGCAUUGCACAAGCCGAACGGCAUACGGUUCCACUCAAACAGACCAAAGGGUGUACAAAAGGCCGUUUUGGGCUUGUCCCGCUCUGCAACAGGGACCUGGUUAUACCCACUCUCCAAGUCGAGGGUGGUGAACCAGUGAGCUACAGCAAGGGUGUCAAGGCUUUCCUCAAUCCGGGGUAGAGGGACGCGUCCUUUCGCGUCUUGCUAUUAAGCAGGCGAUAGUCAACACACAUCUGGAGGCUACCAUCUUUUUUGUGAACCAAAACAAUGGGGGAAGCAAAGGGGCUAUUGCUUUGCCGAAUCACCUUGGCGUCAAGCAACUGAUCAAUGUGUGCCUAGUAUCGCUCCGUGUACUCCACACAUGAAGGUGACUUGGGUUGUACUAACCUUAUUUCUCACGAGGUCCCCAUGCUUGAUGACACCCCGAUAAGACAGCGGUACCGACGGAUUCCUCCCUCUGAGUACGAGGAGGUGAGGGCACACCUUACUUUUGUAUUUGGAUGAUAUCAUUGUGUUUUCGUCUUCAGUCUCCCAGCACCUACAGCGACUGGAGGUGGUUUUGAGUCGGCUGCAGAGGGAAGGCUUGAAGGUCAAACUGGAGAAGUGUGCCUUUUUCUAGAAGGAGGUCAGUUAUCUGGGGCAUAUCAUCUCCCGUCAAGAACUGUCCACGGACCCUACCAAGAUUGAGGCAGUGGAGAAAUGGCAGCGUCCCUGCCACGUGUCAGAGCUGCGUUCGUUUCUGGGGUUCGCCAGCUAUUACAGGUGGUUUGUUGAGGGGUUUGCUUGGCUGGCGGGUCCCCUACAUAAGCUGGUGGCAGAACUCGCAGGUUCAUGGUCCAAGCGAGGCUCUGGGCAGGAGCUGAGUUCAGCAUGGACACCCCAGUGCGAGCAAAGCUUUGAGGCCUUAAAGGCUAAGUUGGUUUCGGCCCCAGUGUUGGCCUAUGCAGACUUUUCACGCCCACUCAUCUUGGAGGCGGAUGCAAGUCACAGUGGUCUGGGGGCUGUCCUUUCCAAGGAGACCGAUGAUGGUGUUCGGCCGGUAGCAUAUGCCAGCAGAGGCCUUCGACCCACGGAGCGCAAUAUGGACAACUACAGUUCAAUGAAGCUGGAUUUUCUUGCGCUUAAGUGGGCAAUGGGAGAGAAGUUUCAGGAGUAUCUGUUGGGGCACAAAUGUGUAGUCUUCACAGACAACAACCCGUUGAGUUACCUUAACUCUGCCAAGUUAAGGGCCACAGAGCAGCGGUGGGCAUCCCAACUAGCUGCUUUUGAUUUUGAAAUCAGGUACCACUCCGGGCACAGCAAUAAGAAUGCCGAUGCUCUCUCCCGGCAGUAUUUGUCAGGGUCCAGCCUGGCUAAACGUGUGUCGCACAUGUGUCUAGCACUUCGGUCCCACUGCUUGUUCAGCAAGCAUCAGGCCCAGUCCCAGAGGUGCCUGCAGUCCAGUCACUGGUGUCUGUUUUUCGGGGACAUUCUCCCUCGGACCUCCGCUCCUUGCAGGAGGCAGAUACCCUUCUGCAUGACCAUUUCCUGCCCUUUUGGAGGAGGCAUGCUAAACCUACUUACGAGGAGAGGCAACAGCCUCCCACUUCUUCGUUGACGCUGCUGAAACAUUGGGACCAUUUGGUCGAGCAGGAGGGUGUGUUGUACCGCCAGACUGUCCGUUCGGGCGGGGGAGAGGAGUACCUCCAGCUUGUCUUACCUGCUGUCCUGAAAGAGGAGGUCCUGACCCAGUUGCAUCAGGAUCAUGGACACCAGGGCAUCGAGCGCACCACUGAGCUAGUGCGUCUUCGGUCAUGUAAUUGGCCAGCAAGGCCUUUGCCCGCAGCUGCAGCCAAUUACAUGACCGAAGACGUUCAUGACCCCAUGGGACAAAGUGUUCCGCAAAGAAGCUUUCUGUGAUCAUGGACACCAUGGACCCACUGUCCAACAAAGAUGGGACCAUGACUCCGCCCAUCAAAACAUCAAUAUGGGGACAGGGCACCACUAUUCGAUCGAGGAGUUCUUGUUGUGAGCCUUCAACCUCCCCACCUGAGCUUUGGCUCUGUAGCUCAGUGGGCUUCAGUUUUCCGACUGGAACAAGGGGCAGGCAGGCUCAGCCACAUUAGAAAACCGACCAGUGGCAGAGCCAGCACGGGGACAAGGGGGAACCUGCUCUCUGUCACACUCGCUGGCGUGGUGACCGGUUGUUGACACCUUCGGCAAAUCAGGGGCCUGUUGGGAGGAGGCCGAGAUGGAAAAGGACGGGCCUGCAGAGAAGCCAUGGCAUGGGUAAGUUGGUCAAGCUGCUCCUGCUGAUGCUUCAACAGUAACUUUACUUCACUCAACUCUGAGUCAUGGGGUGAGACCAGAGGAGCGGGGCGAGAACUACCCUGUACUGCAUACUGAAGGCUGUGGGCUGGAGGAAGAGAGUGGCUGUGCUCUCUAGCAUCCCCUGGGGACCCCUCCCUUUCCCACCUAAUGGCCUCUCCACGUAUGUCAAACAGAGAAGCAGUAGGGUGGCUGCGAACCAACUGUUUCAACUCCCUGCGAAGGGCACCAUCAAGCACAUGCUCCACAAACUGAUCACGAAGGAGAGUUUCUGCAUUAGGCAGGCCACCAGAUGCUGACUGCUCGACACGCUCCAUGAGGGCCAUCAGAGCCAAAGAAAACUUUAAAGUCUCACCUUCCAGCUGCUUUCUGGAGAAAAGGGACUGCUGCAGGGUCAUAUAUGACUGAACACAGUCAUAUAGCUCAGUCAAGAUAGACAAAACUCUGUCUGGGUCCUCUCUCUCCACACGGGGGCGAUACUUGAUCUCUUCUCUGGCCUCCUCUUCCAGGUAAUCAAAGAUGAAGAAGGCCUGAUCAAGAACUGACAGGUGGCGGGCACGCAUACAUGCCAGUAGCUCCUCUUUCCACUCAACAAUACCUAUCCCGGUCCGACCAUUAAACAUGGGACGCCUGCGAUCUCUAGGUACAACAAUCAGCUGUUCAGUAACAGUGGGGCAGGCACCUGCAGCUGGGGGAUUAUCACCUGAAGUGAUAGAAGCGGGGUUAGCUCUACUGGAGCUGGCCUGGGAAGCAUCCCUCGCUCGAGAAAGCUGCUCAUUAUCUGCUUUAAGCUGCACCACCAACUCUCUGAGCUGCUGCAGCUCCUCCUCCAUGGCAAACCCCAGAGAGAACAAACUCACAAUUCUCCAGAGAUCUGACGUUACCAAAUGGGCAGAGCGCUGCCGCUCCGUCUCUACUGCUGCCUCUACACACCACCACAAAACCUAACAAAACCAACACAAAGAAAAAUUAGCCCAAAAUACAACAAAAACACAAAAAAAUUGAAGUCAUGUCUCUGUCCUCUAACAGUGUAUCCUGCCGGUAACGCCAAGUUGUGGCGAAAUGGAGGGUUCAGAAAUUAAAUGUUUGUUACCGAGCAAUGCCACCUGGGGAGUUUCAGGAAAUACACCAGACCCUUGCGCUGAAGGUCACACAGAUCCGUUACACCACAAAAAUAGGGAGGACGAGAGACGGACUAACAAAAAGAUUAAAACAAUUUUACUUAUUUCAACUUUCGUUUUUAAAAGAGCACAAAUAUGAAUAAUAAUCCUUGGAGUGCCAAUAGACAAUAAAUGCAGUAAAUAAACAAAAACAAUGGGAACCAGGACACUUGGUAGCAAACUGAAAUAAAAAGGAAAAUUCAAAACCAAAGAAAACCACUGCAAACCAAGGACAAAGCCGAACAGCUGAUAAAUUAAAGGAAACUAAACAAAAGAAAAUGUUUUUUAAAAAAAAGAAAAAUAAAUUCUGCCAAAUAAUAACCAAACCCAACUAAACAAAAUGAAAAGUUUCACUCGAUAACCCAUACGCUAAACAAACUAAAUAAACAAACAAAAAAAGAAAUAAUUAAACUCAGAAAUAGGUUGUGUCGGGGGAUAAACCAGUUCUUUGUAUGGUAUAGGACUCCAAAGAAGCAGCAGAGAAAGGGAGCGGCCAGACCGGGGCUGGAGGCCUAGGGAAGCCGUCCUUUAGGAUGCCCAGCUGGCGACCAACGUAGUGGGCAGAAGUGGAGCCUCGCACAGAGCGCCGAGGAGAGGAGAGCCACAGAGGAGAGCCACAAUCUGUGGCUGCAGCAGCUACAGAGAAAGUAAGGCAGGUUACCAUGCAGCCAAUAGACAACUAAAAAAAACACAACCAAACAGCCAGCCUACCAGAGCAAAGUAAGCUUUACGCUCAGGCCAAACCAGUCACCGUCUUUUAGAUGAUGAUGAUGAUGGAGAGCCAACACCACACUUAAAGCACCUCUUGUACAUCCACGCCAGCAGCAGACCAUGCUGUGAAUGAAACAUCACGGCUGCUGUCACACCAAGAUACCCAAUUAACACAGUCCAAGCAUGAAAACUCAUGCUUACCUUUAUGUCCCACAAAUGAUCGAACCAACUGACCAGCAGACGGCAACACAGCCUGUCGGGUGAAUGUAAAGGAACAAUGGGUUGAAUGGGAGGACAGGACUUAUAAAGACCCCGCCCCGCAAUCAGGCCAGGCACAGCUGAAAAUUAGACGCAGCUGAUGCCACUUAAGUGGAGGUGCAGCAGCAAUCUGCCACACACUGUUCUUACUAUGUUGUUACUAAGUUGUUACACUGUUGCUAUUUAGGGUCAGUUCUGUGAGCCCAGCGUGGAUCUUUUUGCUUUAUCCAUAUCCACUGGCUGCUUCUUUCCGCUGCUUCAGAGAUGGCUCUAACUGUCUGCGGAAGAGCUUGUCCUUGAAUAUCUAGGUCUCUGAGCAGCCUGAUGGUGGAGGAAGCCACAAAUCCUCCACAUCCCACCUCUACAGGAUAGACUUUUGAAUUCCAUCCUCAUUGUUGAGCGUCCAUUGCUAGCUCAGUAUAUCGCAGUUUCUUGCGCUCAUAGGCUUCUUCGACUGCGUUCUCCCAGGGAAUGGUGAGUUCUAUGAUGUACACAGACUUCACUGAUGGGGACCAAAGUACCAGAUCUGGGGCCUGUUCUACGAAGCAAAUUCAACUUGGCGAGGUAGCCUUGGAGCUACCUCGCUCAACUUAGCGCGGUAGCCAGUGGUCUCGCUAAGCGGUUUUACAACGCUGGUUAUCAACCUCAUAAGUGGAUCCAGCUUUGCUAUGAGCGCGUGCACACAUAUAAGGCGGAGCCCGCCGCAUCUGACCAAUCGCGAACAUGGAUCAGUCUGGAGCGUCAGAGCAGGCAGGAGAGACCACAGGACCGCAGACUUUCCAAACGAGGAGCAGGAGACGAUCAUGAGAAAGUAUGAAGAAUUCAAAGCAAUCGUAAACCUCAAAAGCAACACAGUCGCCGCCACAAAAGCACGGAGUGAAUGCUGGCAGAAAAUGCACCUUUGAUGCCAUUAUUACCCUGAAAAAGCACUGUUCAACAUGCGCAUUUAACUAAGGUGACAGUCCCCGAAUUGGAUGAUCUGUCCCCGGCUAAAGCUGUCCCCGAAAAUGUCCCCGAUUUAAGCGUUUCAUGAAUGAGAACAAAAAUGUUGCAUGUGGGCUAGAACAACGGUUAUUACAGUGGGUAGGAAGCACAAGUAAGCAGUCCUGAACAACAGUAUUUACGAGGGUUAUUAUAAGGGGCGUGCGCUGCUACUAAAUAGUACCGAGAUGUUGUCUGUGAUCACACAGCCCAUGCAGCUCAUGCCCAUUCAUUUCCAAGAUGAAUUCAUUCAUUUGUUCAUUCCCAUCGUGUUUACAUUUUUUGUGUGAUAUGUAGGCCAUAUGAGCCUUUCAUAAAGGAGGUCAUCCGGAAAAGUAAGUGGGUCCGUGCGGUCCCUGUAAACUCUCGCGCACCGGAGUGCUCCUCCUCGGACCGAGGUCUAUAGGAUCCUCCAAGAACGGACAAGCCGUUUUUCGCGAGAGCUCAUUGGUCAGUGGGCAGGGUUUUUAUACUCAGUGAGUUCAAUCUGGAACUUAACCUGCCCCGGAGCAGGUUAGCCGUUCAGCGUAUGUUGCCAUGGAGACUCGCCUCGCUAAGAAGUGAACCCCCGUCGUAGAACAGGAAACCCCGAACUUACCCUCGAAGUUACCUCGCUAAGCAGUAAUCCUGCUUCGUAGAACAGGCCCCUCUGGUCUUAGGGUAGUGGAUGCAAUCUCAGGAGGGAAUAUUAGUUGCUGCCCAAUGUCAGCUACCAAUUUCCAAUCUCGGGCCUUGGCUAGUUGUCGGGGCUUGAGUGCGGCGGGAGGAUGGUUCGGCUUUUUCUGACCCUCUCGGACAAAUGAAGCUGCCAUGGUGGAGCUGGUUGCUGUCUUGGGUAAGGAGUUCACUGUAUUUCUCUUGUUCUCUAGCCCUUCUGCCAGACACCUCAAGACCUGAUUGAGCCUCCAGGUGUAACGUCCUUGUGUGAGGCUGGUCUUACAACUAGUCAGGAUGUGUUUGAGAGUCGCAUGGGAUUGGCAAAGGACGCAGGUUGGAUCCUCGCCAUACCACUGGUGGAGAUUUUUUGGUGAUGGCAGUACAUCAUAGGUAGCCCUGAUGAUGAAACUCAGGUUGUUUGCCUCCAUCUCCCAGAGCUCCUUCCAGCUGAGUUUUCUUCUUUCAAGACCUUCCCAUUUCAUCCAUUGCCCCUGCUUAGCAAGAGAAACAGCCUGUGUGGUUCUAACAGCCUCCUCCUGGCGGCAUACCUCCUCAACCACCAUUUUCCUCCUUUCUGCCUUGGAAGCCUUGUGCCAGGUUGGAUUACUUUCUGCCAGCCCAAGUCCUCCUCUUCCUGACUGGACAUGGCCCAUGAUGUCCUUGUGCCUCAAGGCUGAAACCGCAUUCUGCAAUGCGUUGGAUGUCGUCCAUUUUCUUCCAGUUGCCAGAGGUGGUGCAGUAGUGCUGACAGCCGGAUCUUUGGAGUCCUUUAGGGUCAUCUGGAGUCUCACUUUGGCACACUUGUACUCUUCUGUGAGGCUUGUGAUGAGCAGUUCCAGGACUCCUUUGCCACAGAGGCUGAUGUUGGUCAGACACCUUGGGACACUAAGCCAUUUCUUCACAUAUGAGAUCAUGGUUCAUUCCAUCUUCUCCACAGAUGUUAUUGGAACCCCAUAUCUGGUGAGUGGCCACAUAAUCCGAUGCAUAAGCCCAUGUUGCAGGCACCAGAGCUUGAGCUUUCCUGGCAGUUGGGUCUUGCUGAUGUUUUCAAGCCCAUUGGUGAAGUCCUGCUUUAGCCGUUGGAUUUGCUCUUUGUCUCCUAGGCUAGCGUUGUACCACCUACCCAAACUUUUAACGGAUUGCUCAUACACCGUUGGUAUUGGGUAUCUACAUGACUGUAGAUGAGUAUUAAGCUUGGGGGUAAUCAGAGUCACCCGCAUACGCUCCCACCACCCCUGAGAGAGCAGUGUCCCCCACAAAUGCAGCAACUCUCUGUUCAAUGGGGUAGGCCUCUCUUCUCCUGUUCCCCUGCCUUUUUUGGCCAGACUUAGGGCCAGGGGGAUCCAUCCUCCACUUCACAUCCACCUUGAUGUUGGACCACUUCCUUUUCAGUUCUGUUGGUGUGUGCGUCUCUGACCCCACAGCAUUGACAGCCUCACGCACAUUCUCCCAAUCGGUCCUCUUGCAUUUGCAGCUAAUGCCAGAUGACAGCGUGCCAAAGAGCACAUUUUUGCACACCUCCACUUCAGUAGCACCUCCUGUUUGGUUUCUGUGAAAUUCUUCCUUUUUCCUGUCUAAUUUUUUUUUCUAUUUUCUGAUCAUGCAGAGAGGGGGGGCUCAGGUGCAGGGCUCAUUUAAAUAUGAUUUGCUUUUUAAAUGGAGGCAUGGACAGGGAGGGGUUUGGGUACUGUGCGCUCAAUUCCAUGUCGAUCAGGAUGUACAAAGGAAAUGUGCAUGGAUUCAUGUGUAAGAAUCACUCCUUGAGUUGACUGCUCAAAGACAACCAGAGAAAUCUUUAGUUCUCAGAUAGAACAUUUAUUUAAGUCACAUGAAAAGUAAUACAGCGCUGUACUCGCAGUGACAGAAGUGCCCAUUUCUGGAUAUAAGUAAGAAGGACAGAAGUUGGACUUAAACACAACUGAGUAUCAUUGGCCAGUUGUCUCCAGCGUGAACAGGCCAACCACUGUUCACUUGGUCUAACUAAAAUGUGUAGCAAACCUGUCCAACAGCACAAAGAGAGCCUUAUGGCUCAUCAGGUUCCUCCUUAUCAAGUUAGAAGUCACAAGUCUAACACGAGCAAAAUAAUUAUGUUUUAAAAUGUUUUAAAAAAACAUGAAACAAAACAGUAAAACUAAUUCUAAAAACUAAAAGAAAAACAUUUCUAAAAAUUGUCAAACACAAAACCAGUGUUAUGUAAAAACACACAGAAAACAUCAAAAUUAAACAAAAAUUAAAGCUUAAUAAAAGCAAUAACAAAACAAAACACAUGAAAAAAAAACUUACAAGCCUUACAAACACAAACGCCAAACAAAACAAAUAGAAUAUAAAAAACAAUACCAACAAAAUAAAACAAACAUAAACAAUGUAAAGGAAGUAAAUCCUGUCAAAGUUAAGGCAGAUAUUUCAAAAAACAACAACAAAAACAACAAGUAGAAAAAACAAACAAACAAACAAAAAAAAUUAGAAGACAAAAAAAAAAAAAAAAAAAACUCAGGCUCAGCAGGGGUACAGGAAGAUAUUUAGCUAUAGGGACAUUUCAAAUUCAUUCCAUGACCAGAGUGGCAGCCAUUUUACAAAAUGGCUUCCAGAAUAUCUUGUCAAAUUCUGUAUCUGCCAUAACAAUGGGGCUCUAUGCAUUCUUUUAUGUUUUCCCUCUUGUUUUAUCUACUCUAGUGGCAUAUGCAAUUGUUUUGAGUACAAAAGGUGUGGUAUUAGUCACAAGAUAAUUAAAAUAAUUAACAUUUUUAACCCUUCAUUGUACCUACGGGGUGUAAAUCAACCCCAUUUUUUUCUAGUCCCUCAUUACUUUGAUAUACCUAGUUGCGUCAGGUUCUACAUUUUAGUAUUCCUCAUUUAAUGUGUGUUUAGCUGCGGGAAGCCAAUCCAUCAAACAGGGUUUAUUAAAAAUAAGUAUAAGAAUAACUUUAUUUAUCCCUGAAGGGAAAUUCAAUUGUCUGUAGUCUCAUUUGUCAUGUCUCAAAAAGCCAUCUACUAUUUAUAGAACCACAUCCUCCAGUGAGUCCAACUUGAAUCCAACUACAGAGCCAACUUUUUCACCAGUUUUCAGACGUCUUGCAUUUUUGUGUUUGAUGCUUCCUCCCCAGCAGACUGCAGCAUAGAACAGAACACUGUAGACACCACAGACUGAUAAAACAUCAGCAGCAUCUUACUACAGAUGUCUAUUGAUCAAUCUUCUCAGGUUAAAGAGGCAGCUCUGCCCCUUUCUGUAGAUGGAGUCUAUAUCCUUCGACCAGUCCAGCAUAUUAUCCAGGUGUAUACCUAGAUAUUUAGAUGAUGACACCACUUCAAUUUCCACUGUACAGGUGUUCACUGGCUGAAGAGGGGGUUUGGAUCUACGGAAGUCUGUAAUCAUCUCCUUUGUCUUUGAGGUGUUGAGGAGGAGGCAGUUUUUGUGACUCCAGUCACUGAGGGCUCUUAUCAGAUCUCUGUAUUCAGCUUCUUUUCCAUUUCUUAUACAUGCCACAAUAGCAGUGUCAUCUGAGUAUUUCUGGAUGUGGCAGGACUCAGUGCUGUAUUUGAAGUCUGACGUAUACAGUGUAAACGGGAAUGGAGCCAGGACCGUCCCUUGUGGAGCCCCUGUACUGGUCAUUAAUGUCCCAGAAACACAGUUCCCCAGCCUGACAAACUGUGGCCCUCCUGUCCUAAUCUAGUUCACAGAUUACCUGAUUACCUGAUCUAGAUUACAGUGAUUAUUGCAGGAGACACCCCACCCACCUUCCAUGAAGUUAUGCUCACGGUGUCCAAACCAUUUUCAGGACCAUUUAAAAAUCACCUAACACUUUUUUGUUGAUUUUUUGAGAACCUUUGUCUGUUUCAAGGUGUGACAAUGGCCAAAGUUUUCAAGGAUGUAUGUUGACGAGAGGCUUGUGAACCAGACAGUGCCUAUCACAGAUCCCAUCAAGAGAAAUAACCUCCAUCUUUUCAACCACCCAGCAGUCAGAGAGAAGUCAAUUAAACAGCUACAGAUGUCAUCCCUUAAUCAGACUGUUCACUCCUCUUUUCCGUACAACAGGGAUACAGAAAAGUGUCAAUAUGCACAGUUUAUAGACGUGGUAGUCCUGGCCAUAGUAUCAGUCAAUCGCUUCAACAUCUCAGCAUCAGAGGCUUACAGGGAACUCUUGCGAUGUGGCUGUAAUUGUAAUUUUAAUAUCUUUGUUAGAACUGCUUGAGGUGCCCCUCACAACAGACUUUCGAACCAACAUAUCAGUUAAUUAUGACGUCUAGACUUCCUAAUUUCCCAACAAGAUACAACAUCCUGCAGGAUACUCCAAGUGUGAAACAUCCCCACCACCACCCCAGGGGGGUGGAGUGACGGUCCCCAUGGAUUCCCAACAGGGGGAUCCCUUCAGUUUAAAAAAUGCAAAAACUAGAAGAAAAACUGAAGGCAAAAGAAAAAAAUAGAAAAAUGAGAAGGAAAAACAAAGUGUCUGUAAGAAAAUUAGAACUCAUUGAAGGUCAAAAAGAAUGUUUAAAGAUGUGGAAAACAGAAGCAGAGAUACGUAAUAAAAAGUUAAUGCAAAAACAAGUUCCCUUUUCAUGCGAAAAGGUUGAAACCAUUGAGAAGCGAGAUUCACAUACACAAAGAACACCAAACUCACAGAUCUCUUCUUCUUUGUAUCCACAGUUGGCUCUGAAGCUGGAUUCAGACCUUGAUGGCAACCCACCCUCCCAUUCUUCAGCACCACCACCAUACAACUCUGCAACACCCAACGAGAGAAGAGAAGCAGACUCCAUCAUGCCGCAACUACAAGCAAGCUCAGAAACAGCCCGUCCUAAAAUGCUUAGUCCAACACAAGACUCUACAGCCAACCCCCUUCUCCAAUUGCACACACACUACGUCAAUCCAAUCCAGACACAGCCUUCAACAUGCCUAUGGUUGAAGUAUCUGGACCACAAGGCGCAACUUUGGUUUUUCACCCAUGGACUUCUGAGGACAUCACAGUCGCUUCACAACAUCUGCCCAACCCCAUGGCAUCGGGUACAAUUUUUUGCUGAACAAUUCCUCACAUUCUGCCAAGAACUUAAACCCACCAUGAAUGAACUGAAAAGACUUACCCACAGCCCACAGACUGGCAAAGAAUAGCUGGAGAAUUCCCAAAUGCUGAUCUCCGCUGCAAACAUAUCACCUGGGAAGACAAAUCUAAUGUCCACAGAGGAAGAGGACAUGGCCAUCACAAAAACUGGGAGAGAAAACCUUGAAGGGCCAACAUGGACAUUGGAGACGUGAUUGUCCCAAAAACACCUCAUCAGAUGCAAUAGACAAAUCGGACUGACAAUGGUUGGGGGUUGUCGGAGAGGAAUGGAAUACUGCUGACGAGCCAAACCAACUUGUAAAGAGGGAAGAAGGUACUGCACCACACUCACACAUACAUGCCGACCACAUCAAUUCACAAUCCAUUGAGAGCUCAGACAAUACACAUGUGAUUGUUCUAACAUAUGUUCAGUACACAUCUGAUCAGUUUAAGAAGUUUCCAGAACACACGCUGAUCAUCACAGAACAACACAUUGUAUUCUUAGUCGACUCAGGAGCAACACAUUUCAUGAUAAAAACUUCUGAAUUCCCUAAAAAAAUAACCUUAUCUAAGUAGAAGUCAUGUGUACUCUAUUGGUUCAUCAGGUCAAACAAUUAAAGAGAACAUUACUGUCCCACUCAAAUAUGUGGAUGGGUCAGGUUCAAGCUUCAAACACGCAUUUUUGCUCUCUGAAGUCUGCCCUAUUAACCUGAUGGGCAGAGACUUGAUGUGCAAAUUGGGCCUUUGUCUAAUCUCAACCCCAGAAGGUGUCAAAGUUUGCAGACUACCUGAUCUGCCACCAAACUUUUCACACUCCUUUGUCUACCACACCCCGAACCUAACAUAUGCAUAUCAAUGGAAAUUGCAACCAUCAACAACCUUUUCUGAGUUUCUCUCAGCUAGGGAAACAAUUUCCACAGCUGCAACAGAUUUUAUGGCACCAGAGGAUCUGCAUUCACCUCUCACGUGUCAACCGGACCUGAUGAGCCAUACGAGGAAAGUUGGUUAAAGACGAGGUUUGACAAACUCACACUGACACACAUUUAUUGGAAACGACACAAAUGUGCUAUAUCAGUCUCCCUCACACCAGCUCAAAGUGACAUGUACACCAUGGACCAUUCGGUCCCACACACCCUACUCGCAAAACACACAUCAAAUGACUGGGAAGAUUUGGGUCUAUUUAUAAUAUCAUGUAAGCGCGCAGCCGAUUGGCGUUAGAUAUCUGAUCGAUCCAACGUUUGUUUGUUUUUUUCACCGACACUGCAGUGCUUCUCAAAAAUUUUAACAUCUGUUGUGCACACUCAGAGAAUAAUCCAGCUGGUACCUGAAAGCACUUCUAUAACCUUUUCUUGUUUGUCCACAGAACAAACUGCACCUAUCACAGCCCUGCAACAAGUCCCUAAGACACUGUGGGUUGUUGAUAAGUAUGAUGUUGGCCUCAUCAAAGAUUGUGAACCUGUUUUCAUUACUCCAAAAUCAGAUUUCAGACCUUGCAAGGCUCAAUAUCCACUUAAACAAGAAGCCAUUGAUGGCAUAACACCAGUCUUUGACUCCCCGAGAGCAGCAGGAGUAAUUGUUCCCUGUAACGACUCUCCAGUGCACACACCUUUGUUCCCUGUUAAGAAAAUCAGAGACAAAGAUCAACCUACAGAAUGGCGUUUUGUUCAGGAUCUGCAAGCAGUAGAUGCAGCAGUCCAACCCAGAGCCCCAAAUGUUCCAAACCCUUACAUCAUCUUGUCUCAGGUCCCAAAAUGAUGCAAAGUUCUUUUCGGUGGUCGACCUUUCUAUUGCUUUCUUUAGUGUUCCAGUUCACCCAGAGAGCCAAUUCUGGUUUGCUUUCAACUUCAAUGGGCAGGGCUACACGUUCACACGUCUGUGCCAGGGCUAUUGUGAAAGUUUCACCAUUUACAAUGAGGCUCUCAGACGAAGUCUUGAAUCUCUUGUUCUCUCUUCAGGCACUGCUUUGUUACAGUAUGUUGAUGACCUCAUGAUCUGCAGCUCAACCAAAGAACAGUGUGAAACCAACACAGUCAAACUCUUGAAGCAUCUGGCUAAAACAGGUCACAAAGCCAGCUUGUCCAAACUCCAAUUUGUUCAGGAAAAGGUCAUCUUCCUAGGUCUUGUCAUCACUUCUGAAGGGAAAACUCUCUCACCAAAAAGAGUUGAUGCAAUUCAGAAUCUUCCAAAACCUGUUACAAAAAACAGAUGAUGUCUUUUCUUGGCAUGUGCUCUUAUUGCUGACAAUUCAUUUCAAACUAUGCCAUUCUUGAAGCCCCACUUGCUUCCCUUAUUCAUGGAAAGGGUUUACAAGCACAACAUAAGAUCGCAUGGACUCUUGAAGCGGAACAGUCUUUCACCAAACUAAAACUUGCCCCACAGACCACACCAACUUUGGGCCUGCCAGACCCUACCAGACCGUUUACUCAAACAGUAGAUGAAAAGAUGAAUGCAUGACUUCUGUUUUGUUGCAGGAUCACGGGAACAAGCUAUGCCCUGUAGCUUAUUUUUCCUCAAAACUGGAUCCUGUGGCUGCAGGCCUCCCAAGAUGCCUGAGAGCUGUGGCUGCGGCUGAGAAGGCAGUUAUGGCCUCCAGAGAUAUUGUAGGCUAUUCUGAUGUUACUGACACAUGCUGUGUCUAUGAUUUUACUUAAACAAAAAACUUGUUAUCUCUCCACAGCAUGAUGGCUACGAUACAACACAGUCCUUCUAGAAAUGUCUAACAUCACUGUUAAAAGAUGCAAUGUUUUAAACCCUGCCACUCUCCUCCCCACACCAGACGAUGGAGAACAACAUAGCUGUGUUUCUGUCCUCCAACAGGUUUGCUCCCCAAGACAAGACCUACAAGAAACACCUUUAACAAAUCCUGAAUUGGGCCAUUUUUGUAGAUGGAUCUGCCUCACACAACCCACAAACUGGUCGCAACAGAGUCGGCUUUGCUGUUGUCACUAACUUUUGCUCCCGCAAUCAAUUGCUGUUUGUAAAUGUCUUACUUACACUAACAACUCAGACCCUGUCUCUCUAGGAAAUGCUAGAGCUGAUGCCGCUGCAAAACAAGCCGCACUCCAGCCACCCAUCACUGAUCCUUUAUUGGUAUCCAUUCCUGUCACUGUUCCCACCUCUAUCACAGCAAUGCAAUCUUUCUCCACACCUCAGGAAAAGACGCUGUGGAAACGCUGCGGUGCCACACAAAAGGAUGCAGUAUGGCGAGGACCCGAUAAUAAACCUUGCGUACCUAAACACUUCUUUCCUCACUUUGCAAAAUUGACACAUGGGUUGGGUUGACAUUCAGUUCACGCGCAGAAGUUUUGUCAAUCGUGUAUAGGUUGUGCAACGCAUAACGCAGGUAAAACUAAAACAAACACACACGCCACCCUCCACCAGACAGACCAUUUGAACACUUCAUGAUGGAUUUCAUAGAGCUGUCUCCUAGUGGUAGCAAAGGCUCUGUUAACAGAAAUCUUUCCCAGAUGGGGAAUACCAACUUAACUAAGCAGCGAUAAUGGCUCUCACUUUGCAAAUUCUGCAAUAACCCAAAUCAGUGAAUUUCUUGCCAUUGACCUCAGACAACAUUGUGCAUAUCACCCUGCCAGUGAGGGUUCUGUCGAAUGAGAGAAUAGCACUCUGAAAUCAAAAUUGGCCAACAGUUGAGACGAAACUGGACUGCCAUGGACAAAAGCUCUGCCGAUUGUUCUAAUGCAUUUGAUAAUCAGGAAAAGAUCCAGAGUAAACAUGAGUCCUGUUGAAAUUCUUUUUGGCAGACCCCAUCCCUGGGAGUGGAGCCUGUAACCAGGCCACUCCCCUCCACUGGCCUAUGUGAGGAUGACAUGCUACAAUAUUGCAAGAACUUAUCCUGUACUCUCUCUCAAAUCUCCCAGCAGGUGAAAUCAGCCCUUCCACCACCAGCUUCCACAUCCCUCCACGACUUCCAGCCUGGCGACUGGGUGAUGAUAAAGGACUUAAGAAGGAAGCACUGGCACUCCAAAUGGUAGCAAGGUCCAUUCCAGGCGCUUCUGACGACACAUACCGCUGUGAAGAUGGCUGAGAGAGCAACGCGGGUUCACGCCAGCCACUGCAGGAAGGUCCUGAAGUCAACACAAGAUCCAAACCACCAACCUCGAUGACGUGAGGAUGACUGGCGUGAGGACAAACGACGUACAGAUGAACAGACGCAAAGGAGGACGACAUGAGGAAUUAACUCCGUGAAUUCAACCGACGCUGAUUAGCCCACCAGACUACACCAUACAUCACCUGACCCCUGGACUGCUCCCAAUGCCAAUAUCGGAUGGUCUCUAUUUCUAGGGGGUGGAACGGCUGCAGCCGUAAACAAAAUUAAUGGAGUAGCCUGGUCUGUUCUUUCCUUGGCA